AGUCUCACUACGACCAGCGCGCCGUUCGUGCACGCUAACUUACGUGCGUCGCUACUACAUUCCGUUUGUGUAUCCGUUCAAAUCCGCUCCAAAGGAGUUUAGGUGAAGUGUGGUGAUGGUGUGUUUUUAGUUAUACAAUAGGAUUGUGUAUAUCUACAAAAUACCCGUAAGAGGUUUGUGGACUCAUCGCAGAGAAUUUGGUGUUCACCUAGCGAGGGAAGGUGAUCGCAUAUUCCGGAAGGAAUGAGCCCCGUAAACCACUGCUUCCAUACUCACCGAUGAUCUCAAGAGAAAAUGUACAUAGAAACCUUGCCGCUUGUGGUUUGGACGAUAAUCGUCACUACGACCAAUGUAGCGACGCAAAGCCAAUAUGGAAUAGGUUUAGGAAUAAAAAGAGAAGUAUUUUUCUUAAAUUUAGAAGACGGUUACUUUGGCUGUCAAGUUAACGAAUCUACUCAAAUAUUGCAAUUAUAUGAAUUAUCCAAAUUAUGCGACGGUGUGCCAGAUUGUUAUAAGGCAUCCGAUGAAUUAAGAACAGAAUUAAAAUGCUCAGAUGAUUGUACCAAAGAAGACGGUGCGCGUUGUAUAAAUGGAGCUUGCCUAAGCGGAGUUUGCUAUUGUAACGACGGGUUUGGUGGCUGUAAUUGUCAAGAACCCGAUGUAAACGAAUGCAAAGAUAGACCAUGCGAUGUGUUUGCUCACUGUACAAACACUGUAGGCAGCUUUCAGUGCUCGUGUUUCCCAGGUUAUGUAGGCGAUGGCUUCACUUGUAAAGAUAUCAAUGAAUGUGAAGAUCCAGCUAUAGCAUCUAGGUGUGUGGAAAAUGCAGAAUGUUGCAAUCUUCCUGCCCAUUUUAUUUGCAAAUGUAACCGAGGUUUCGAGGGCGACGGCGAAGAAGAAUGUCGAGAUAUUGAUGAGUGCAGAAGACCUGGUGCCUGCGGUGCGAAUGCAGUAUGCCAAAACUACCCUGGAAAUUAUACGUGCGCUUGUCAAGCGGGCUACACGGGAAAUCCAUUUGAUGGAUGUGUAGACGUGGAUGAAUGUGCGAACAAAGACGCGUGCGGAGUGGGGGCGGUGUGUCGCAAUCUAGUCGGUGGCUACGAAUGCAGCUGCCCGCCAGGGCACGAGGGAGACCCGCGAGUCGCUUGCCAGGAUCACGACGCGUGUGCACGGAACCCUUGCGGUCGAAGUGCCCUAUGUGAAAAUCGUUCCGGAAACUACCGAUGUCUAUGCCCAGAAGGUUUCGAAGGCGAUCCCAACGUCCAGUGUGUCGACGUGGAUGAGUGUAAAAGUAAUGAAGCGGUAUGUGGAGCACAUGCUACUUGUACAAAUACGUUGGGUAGCUACGUAUGUACCUGCCUGCCAGACUACACUGGAGAUGCUCGCGUGUCAGAUGGCUGCCAAGACGUUGACGAAUGCAAAAUAUUAGAACGCCCAUGUGGAUUACAUGCGAUAUGUGAAAACACUUCUCCUGGAUAUAACUGUAUUUGUCCUCAAGGAUAUAGAGCCAAAACAGAUGCACAGGUUGCAUGUGAACAGAUUGAUGUAAAUACUUUAUGCAAAUCUAAUUUUGACUGUACAAAUAAUGCUGAAUGUAUAGAAGACCAAUGUUACUGCAAAAAUGGAUUUGAGCCGAAAGGAUCAAUUUGUAUAGAUAUCGACGAGUGUGGUGAUGGAUCAAAAUGUGGAGAAAAUUCAGUGUGUAUUAACUCUGUUGGGAGCUUUUCAUGCCAAUGUGCAAGAGGAUUCAUUGGCUCUCCACCUCAAUUGAAAUGUCGUGCUCCAUGUGAUGAUGUCAAAUGUGGUGAACAUUCCUAUUGCAAGGUUGAUGGAAUUGAUGUUUAUUGCGUAUGUGACGAUGGCUGGAAUUUUGAUCCAAACGACAUAUCUGCUGGUUGUGUAGAUGUCGAUGAGUGUGAUACUUCUAUUGGAGUACCUUCUCAUUGUGGUAAUAAUGCUGCCUGCUCAAACACUCUAGGAAGUUUUGUAUGUCAUUGUCCUGAAGGAUUUACAGGAGAUGCAUUUAAAAAUUGCUAUGAUAUAGAUGAAUGUGAAACUGAUGGAGCUUGUGGUUCUGGGGCAGAAUGUAUAAACCAAAAAGGGUCAUAUAACUGUGUCUGUCCUGAAGGAACAAUAGCAGAUCCUGAUCCUCGCGUAAAAUGUUCGGAAAUUCUUACAUGCAAUAAUAAUGAUGAUUGUCCCGGAAAUGCCCUGUGUGAUGGAAACAUGAAAUGCGUCUGUCCAGAACCCAAUGUUGGAAAUGAAUGUCGUCAUCCAUGUGAAGCUCUACAUUGUGGAAGCAAUUCAGAGUGCCUUUUAAAUGAACAAACAGCGCAAUGCACUUGUCGUAAUGGAUUUACAGGUGAACCAUCAUCCCCUAGUGGUUGUUUGGAUAUAAAUGAAUGUGAAACAAAUCCAUGUGCCAACGGCGCUGUUUGUAAGAAUUUACCGGGACACUUUCAAUGCGAAUGUCCAAGUCAAUUCAAGGGAGAUCCAUAUACAGAAGGUUGUUUUGUAAGUAAGCAAACCAGUGAAUGUAGUUCUACAAAUCCAUGUCCUCAGGGAGAACAAUGCGUAUUACAUGACAAUGAGAAUGUUUGCAUCUGUAGUCAAGGAUUCACGCGCAAUUUGGAAACUGGCAUAUGUGAGGAUAUUAAUGAAUGUACCCAGCAUGGCCGAACACCUUGUGGGUUAAAUGCUAUAUGUAAAAAUUUACCCGGAAGCUAUGAAUGUAAAUGUCCACCUGAUUAUAGCGGUAAUCCAUAUAAUUUGUGUGAAUAUUGUACUGAUAUCUCAUGCCAAUGUCAGCCACCAUAUAAUAUUGUAAAUGGUAAUUGUGUAUUGUCUGGAUGCACAAAAGAUAAGAAAUGUGGAAAAGGAGCUGAAUGUAUUAUAAUAUCAGAAACUGUUAGUUACUGCGCUUGUCCUGCUGGAUUUGUACAAACAGCUGCUGGAGCUUGUGAAGAUAUAAAUGAGUGUACUUUAGAUCAACCAGCUUGCGGGUUUGGUGCCGAGUGUGUUAAUACAGUCGGCUCUUUCACAUGUAAAUGUCCGCCCGGAUAUGGAACAGAUCCAGUUUCAGGACAUUGUAGUUUGAAUCAGAAAAGAUGUAUCAGCGAUAGUGAUUGUUUUGCCAAUGAGAAAUGUGUUCAACCUGGUAACUGUGUGUGCCCACCACCAUUUUACCUAGAUAUAACCGAUGGACAAAAAUGUAAAAGUCCUUGUGAGAGGUUCAUAUGUGGUAUAAAUGCUAAAUGUACUCCAAGUGAUCCACCUAGAUGUAUGUGCAUGUCUGGCUUUGAAGGAGACCCAUAUACAGGCUGCACGAAUAGAAAUGAGUGUCAUAGCGCACCGUGUGCAUAUGGUGCAAUUUGCAACGAUGAGCAAGGUGGUUAUAAAUGUAUUUGUCCACAAUCUAUGGUUGGAGAUCCAUACAAAACUGGAUGUAUCGCCCCGGACGAACCUUCACAAAAGUUACUUUGUUCUAAAGACAAUCAGUGUCCAAAUAAUCAAGCUUGCCUUAAUCGUACUUGCGUCUCACCUUGCGUAAGUGUAUCAUGUGGGCCAAAUGCUUUUUGUGAAGUAGAAAAUCAUGCAGCUUGGUGCCGUUGUAACCCGGGCUAUACGAAACCGGAAGGCGGAAAAUGUAUUUCAGGAUGCGAUAACUACUCAUGCGCAUCCGGAGCACAUUGCAUAAUAUCUAAAACUGGCCCAACGUGUGUAUGUCCGGAGGGCAUGGUGGGAAACCCAUUUCCCGGCGGGAUUUGUAGAAGAGACUUAUGCGGAGCUGGCAUGCCUUGUGAAGAGCCCAUGUCCUGUGUUGCGGGUAGAUGUCGACAGCGUUGCGAAGAUGUAGUUUGUGGCAUAGGUGCAAGUUGCAACGAAGAUACUGGUAGAUGUAUGUGUAAUGCAUUCUUUGUUGGAAAUCCUGAUUUACUGUGUAUGCCACCUGUUGCACCGCCCACUUGUGAGCCUGGAUGUGUGAAUAAUGCACAUUGUGUUUAUGGUCAAAUUAACGUUUGCAAAUGUGAUAAAGGUUACACUGGUAAUCCAUAUAAGAAAUGUCUUCCACGCAGACAGAUUACUUGUGCUAAAGCUUCAUGUGGAGCGAAUGCAGUUUGUCAACAGACUCGGUCACACGUUGAAUGUCUUUGCCCACCUGGAUAUGUUGGCAAUCCAAAUUUACAAUGUAUUGACAUAGACGAAUGUAACUCUAGGCCCUGUGGUGAAAAUGCAAUUUGUAUCAAUACGCCUGGAAGUUUUAGUUGUAUCUGCAAAAGUCGAUUCAUCGGCAAUCCAUACGAGCUAUGCACACAAGUAUCUAUUUCAAAAUGUAUUGACGGCACAGUUUGUACUUGUUCCCAUAAUAAUACGUGUCCAGAAGGAUAUUUUUGUGAAAAAUCAAAAUGCGUUGACGCUUGUCGUUCUAUGCUGUGUGGGCCAAAGGCAAUCUGCUCAGAAGGAAAAUGUGAAUGUCUCCCGGGGUAUGUUGGAGAACCUAAUGAUCUUCGAAAAGGUUGUAGCGUUGAUAAAAAUUGUUUAACUGAUGGAGAUUGCAGAGAUACGGAAAUAUGUUUCCAAAUAGGUAAAGAUACAAGAAGAUGUUUAGAUGCUUGCAGUAAAUUACAGUGUGGACCUAAUUCUAUUUGCGUCAGUUCUAACCAUCACGCCAAUUGUAUAUGUGCUGAGGGUUUUAUUGGAAAGCCAAAUGACGUUAAACUUGGUUGCCAGUUGCAACAACCUGAACCAAAUGAGGUGGAAUGUAAUGUAGAUAGUGAUUGUGCAGAGCCACAAAUUUGUGUAUCAGUAGAUGGAUCAACUAAAAGGUGUCUCGAUUUGUGUUCGACUAUCAUUUGUAGUCCUAACGAAAUAUGCAAAGUUGUAGAUAAUACUGCACGAUGCGAUUGCAAGGAGGGCUAUUUAUGGAAUCCUUUAAGUUCAAUUUGCGAACAACCGACAACAUCAGACUGUAAGAGUAAUUUAGAUUGUGAAACUGAUAAAUCCUGUCAAAGAGAUAUACUAGGCGUACAAAAAUGUUUGGAUAAUUGUAAAACUUUUACAUGUCCUCAAAACUCAAAAUGUGUAACAAAGGAUCACAAAAGUCAAUGCGAAUGCUUAAAAGGUUUUGGUGGAAAUCCGAAUGACCGUGAUGGGUGUGUACCUAUAAAUGAAAAUCAGUGUUCAAAUGAUGCGCAGUGUAGAGAAAGCGAAAUUUGUAGAAAUAUUGGCAACUUAAAAAAGUGUGUAUCGUCUUGUAAUCAAGUAGUUUGCGGACCCAAUGCUUUAUGCGUUACUAAUAACCAUGUAGCUCAAUGUCAGUGUCCCGUUGGACCUUAUACUGGAGAUCCCAAUGAUUUGGAAACUGGUUGUAAAUUAGUACCAUGUGUAUACAAUUUAGAUUGCAUGCCACAUCAAUUAUGCAAUCGAAUGACACAUACAUGUAUUGACGUUUGUAGAGAGGAUUCGUGUGGUGAUAACGCAGUAUGUAUUCCUGAAAAUCAUAAAUUUACAUGUCGAUGUCCAGUUGGGUACCAACCAGAUCCAAUCGCAGAAGUUAAUUGUAAAAGAGUUGAUGUAUGCAAACCCAAUCCUUGUCACCCAACUGCUUUAUGUGAGCCCUCGGGUAGAACGUUUAUUUGUAAAUGUCCUAAAGGUUUAAUAGGUGACCCGAAAGAUGUAGGAUGCAGAACACGCAGUGAAUGUCUAAAUGGGGAUAAUGACUGUCCCCCUGAUACUGUUUGUGUCAGUGGCCAAUGUACUAAUCCAUGUCAAAAUGCUUGUGGAACUAAUUCUUUGUGUAAAAUUGUUAAUAGAAAGGCUGUAUGUCUAUGUACCGAAGGCUAUGAACUCAUAAAAGGAAUAAAUGCAUGUAAGAAACGGUUAGUCAAAUGUGUCAGUGACAAUGACUGUGCAGGCGAUAUUUGUCACAACGAACAAUGUUUUACAGCUUGUAAAAAUUCCACUCAAUGUGAUCACGGAGAAAUUUGUACUAAAAAUUUAUGUACAAAACAAUGUUCUAAACAUACACAAUGUAGUAUUGGAGAAGCAUGCAUUGGAAGUCAAUGCUUGUUAGGUUGCCGUACUAACGAAGACUGUCCUUCUGAAGAAGCCUGUGUAAAUAACAAAUGUACAAAUCCUUGCAUUGGUACAAAAAUUUGCGGUCCUAAUGCUAUUUGUUCUAGAAAUCAACAUGAAACUGUAUGUGAAUGCCCUCUUGGAUUCGAGGGAACGCCGACGGCACAACAAGGAUGUGUUCGAAAAGCAAGUUCAUGUUCAAAAACAUUGGAUUGUCCACCAGAUCAUAUGUGCAUUGCUCAUUUAUGCCAAGUGCCAUGCCAAGUAAAUUCUGAUUGUGCAAUUGGAGAAACUUGUUAUGAUAGCAAAUGUCACACAGUUUGUCAUUCUAGUAGCAAUUGUUUACACGGUGAACAUUGCAAUUCUGGAAUUUGUAUUGCUGGCUGUAAAACUAAUUCUGACUGCAUGAAUAAUCAAAUGUGCAAAGAAACAAAAUGUCAAUGUUUACCUGGCUUUGAAAUGACACAGGACGAAUGUAUAAAUAUUAAUGAAUGCAUAAAAAAUCCAUGUCACCCAACAGCACAAUGUAUAGAUGCCAUUGGAUCUUUUAAAUGUAUUUGUCCCAUUGGGGCAAUAGGAGAUCCGUACAAAACUGGAUGUUUAAUGCCAAAUCAAUGUAGGCGUGAUAAUCAGUGUGAAGAGUCACUUGUGUGUUUACGUGGAAAAUGUACAAAUCCCUGUGAAAAAGAUGAUCCAUGUGGGACAAAUGCCGUUUGUGUUGUUAAAAAACACAAAGUUACUUGUUCGUGCGAAAAAGGUCACAUAGGAAACCCAUUUGAUAAAAAAGUUGGAUGUUUCAGAGUUGAAUGUGUUGACGAUUCUGAAUGUCCAAACGAUAAGUUCUGUCGUCAGGAUACAAAUAAAUGUUCUGACCAAUGCGAUGAAGCAGUUUGUAAAGGCGGAAGUUGCAAAAUUAUAAACCAUCGGACCUCAUGCAUGUGUUCCCCUGGGUUUGAACUUAUAAGUAAUAGAUGUGACGAUAUAAACGAGUGUCUACUACACCCAUGCCCACUAAAUUCAGCUUGUGAAAAUACACCUGGAUCAUUUAUUUGCAAUUGUGUGAAUGGAACAAUACACGACAUAAGUACCAAUCAUUGCAAACGUCCAGGGGACUGUUUUUCUGAUGAUGACUGUUCUGAAAUAACAAAAUGUUUAGAAAAUCAAUGUGUAAAUCCCUGUGAUAAAUCUCCUUGUGCUGCAAAUACAGAUUGCUAUGUGUCAAAGCAUGAACCGGUUUGCGAAUGUCAAUCAGGAAGUCAUGGUGAUCCUUACAAAGGAUGCGUUAAAUUUGAAUGUAUAAAAGAUUCAGAUUGUCCAUCCGAUGAAGCUUGUGUCAAUAAUAAAUGCAGAAAUUCAUGUAACAUUCCACGCGCGUGUGGAAGGAAUGCAAAUUGUGUAUCUAGGGAUCAUAUUGGACAUUGUUACUGUGCUUCUGGAUUUACUGGUGAUCCUGUAUUAGGAUGUGUACCAGUUCAAUAUUGUAAUGACGACAGUAGAUGUUCUUCAGGAACAAAAUGUAUCGACAAUUUAUGUCUUGGUAUCUGCAAAAAUUCACGAGAUUGCUUAAACGACCAAAUCUGUAUUAAAGAUACUUGCAGACUAAUGUGCACGUCAAACAAUACGUGUCCCGAAUCUUAUUAUUGUUCAAACAGAAUAUGCAUGAAAGAAAUAGAAUGUUUAAAUAACGAAGAUUGUGCAGACGAUGAACAGUGUACUGAAGAUAAAAAUGGAAAGCCUCAAUGUAUAAAAUUAUGUAAAAAUCAACAAUGUGGAAGAAAUGCUUUUUGUACUGCUGCCUCUCACAAAACAACUUGUUCUUGUAAAGAAGGAUUUUUCGGUGAUGCGGUUCAAGGAUGCAAAAAGAUUGAAUGCAGUACAGAUAAUGACUGUUCUAACGACAAAUUUUGUGAUCAUAAUAUGUGUAAAAUUGCAUGCUUAGCGCGAAAUCAUUGUGGACAAGAUACAAUAUGCUCAUCUGAAAAUCACCAAGCUGUUUGUUACUGCCAACCCGGUUACAUGGGAGAUCCAUUAAUAGGUUGUAAGAAAAUCAAUUACUGUGAAUCAAAUCCAUGUAGCGAUGGAGCAGAGUGUAAAAAUUCAAGAAACGGCGCUCUUUGCUCUUGUCCUGAAGGCACAGUAGGAGAUCCGUAUAAAAAAGGUUGCCAAAAAGGAUCCGAAUGCCGUUUUAAUAGAGAUUGUCCAUCGGUUGCACGCUGCACGAUAAUCGAUGGUAUUAGGAAGUGUACAGAUGCCUGUGAUAACGUGAAAUGUGGAUUAAAUACAGAUUGUGUAGCUGCUAGACACACAGGACAAUGUAAAUGUAAACAAGGAUUUAUUGGCAAUCCGGUUAGUGAAAAAGGUUGCCGACCCCAAGAAAUUCCUUGUAAUAAAAAAGAAGAUUGUUCCGAAAACCAAUACUGCCACAAUCAAAUUUGCAAAGGUCUAUGUAUCCAAGAUGAAGAGUGUGCAUCUGCGGAGAAGUGUGUCAAUGGGCAAUGUUUAGAUCUAUGUAAAAUGGAAAAGACUUGUGGCUUAAAUGCAAUUUGUCGUACAGAAAAUCACAUCGUUCAAUGUAGUUGCCCAUACAGAUUUACAGGAAAUCAAGACGUUGAAUGUGUCAGAAUUCCAAGGCUGUGUGGGGGCUCAGGCGAAUGUGAAGAUGAUCAUAUAUGUCAGGACUCCAUGUGUCUACCAAACUGUAAUAAUGACGAAGACUGUGCCCAAAACGAACGAUGUUCUAAAGGAGCUUGUUUAUUAACUUGCCGUGUUGAUAACGAUUGUUUCCUUGGACAUAUAUGUUUAGGAAAUAGUUGCCACUAUGGUUGUCGACACGAUGAUGAUUGCGGACCUGAUGAAUUUUGUAGAAAUAAUUAUUGCCGAAACCCUUGUGCGGAAACUGUUAAUCCCUGUGGACCGAAUGCUCUGUGCACCGUAGUUGAUCGAAAAGCAUCAUGUUCUUGCCUCGACGGCUUGAUUCCCAAUCCAACUCCAAACGUCGGCUGCGUAAGGGCGCCAUCUGCUCCUUGUCAAAUGCACACAGACUGUGCCUCUGGAUGGAGAUGUGAAGAUGAUCGAUGUAGACCUGCUUGUACUCCUGAUGGAACUGACUGCUUACAGGGAGAACGUUGUGAUUUAGGCGUAUGCCGGUUUGCUUGUAACUCUGAUGAGCACUGUUCCGAUGGUGAAAUAUGCGAUGGCAGAUUUUGUAUUACUGGUUGUAAAUACAACUCGCAUUGUUCGAAUGAUAAAGCAUGUAUAUCUGGACAAUGUGUCAAUCCGUGCACACAACCGGCUUCGUGUGGGGCUAAUGCACUCUGUUUAACGAAAGACCAUGAACCAAUCUGCAGUUGUCCAUAUUCUUUAGCGGGUGACCCGAAAGUUGCUUGCCGAAGAGUACCUGUACCUUGUAACAGGGAUAAAACUUGUUCUGAAGGUUUCAAUUGCUAUGGAGAUACAUGUUAUCCAUCCUGUAGAAGUGAUGGUGUUUGCAUGUCUAAUGAAAAAUGUAUACGUGGCAUAUGCAGAGUUGUUUGUAACAGUGAUGAUGUAUGUAAUGAUGGUCAUAUUUGUGAAAAUAGAAUAUGUAAACAGGGAUGUCGCCAUGAUAAUGCUUGCAGUGAUGAUCAUUCCUGUAUUAAUGGACAAUGUAAAGACCCAUGUAAGGAAAGUAAUAGUUGUGGUAUUUGUGCAGAUUGCAAAGUGAUUAACCAUAGAGCUACAUGUAGUUGUUCAAGUAAUUAUACCGGAAAUCCUUUGGUGGAAUGUAAGAGAAAGCAAUUACAAUGUGAUGGGUUCUGCCCAUGUGAUGAUAGUGGAUAUUGCAUAGCUUUAUGUGAUAACAAUUCUGAUUGCGAUUGUGGUGAAAAAUGUUACAACGGUGGUUGUAGGGUCAUGUGCUCUGCUAGAAAUAAAUGCCCGCAAAGGCAAAUCUGCUCUCAAGAGGUAUGCUUACCAGGAUGUAACAAUAACAGAGAUUGUGGAGAAGAUAUGAUAUGCUCUUCAAAACAAUGUGUUCCCGUUUGUCGAGAAAAUUCUUGUGGAAAAAAUGCUGUUUGCAUAUCAACGCGUCACCGCCCUGUAUGCAGUUGUCCAAGUGGAUAUUCCGGUGAUCCUAUUAAGGAAUGUAAAUCCUAUGAAUGUUCUAACAAUGACGACUGUGCUUUAGACGAGGAGUGCAAUUCUGAGGGUAAAUGUAGAAACGUUUGUUUAAAUGCAUGUGGAAUAAAUGCAAUUUGCAGAUCUGUAAACAGAAGCCCACAAUGUUCUUGUCCCCCAAAUUUUAUUGGUAACCCGAAACAUGAAUGUUCUAAACCUACAUCGGGUUCGUGUUCGAGAAAUCCAUGUGGAGUAAAUGCCCGUUGUAGAGAUAUGGAUGAUGGUAAUUAUGAAUGUACUUGCCCUCCUGGAUGUGCAGGCAAUCCUCAACAUCAAUGUUUCUGUGGAACUAUGGCGCCAUGUGCUCACAAAGUGUGUGGUACUAAUGCACAAUGUAGAAUUGGGCAAAAUCGAGAAACCCAAUGCUAUUGUCCCCGGAACUAUCCAAACGGAGAUCCAAAUAUUGAAUGUACUCAAGAACGUAGCGUAGUUGAUUGUCGAACAACUGGUUGUGGUAUUAAUGGCGAAUGUCUAAGGGAAGGUGCUGAGUUUGUUUGUCGUUGUGUUCCAGGCACAGAAGGUCAAGCUGAUAUUGAAUGUCAUACUAGUAUCGAAUGUACGAGCGACAAGGACUGCCCCGUGGACAAGGCAUGCUUGAGUUUACACUGCGUUGACCCGUGCACGGUGCGUGGUGUAUGUGGUGAAGAUGCGCUAUGUGCUUCUGUAUUGCACCGAGCGCAUUGUUCGUGUCCCCAGUGCUACGUGGGAAAUCCGAGACAGUCUUGUCGACUGGAUCCUACUUGCAAACCGUCGACAGAUUUUAAUAACACUUUUACAUGCUCCGAAACAAAACCAUGUCCAUCUAAAUUAGCUUGUGAUCUUGCUUCAAACCUAUGUAAAAAUCCAUGCUUGGAUUAUCAUAACUGCCGAUCAAAUCAAAAGUGUGAAGUUCGCAAUCACCAACCAGUAUGUGUUUGUCGAAAUGGUUUCGCUUUAAACGAAAGAGGAGAAUUAACUUGCGCCCCCGAGCACGCAGAAUGUACAAGGGAUGAACAAUGCCCAUCGAAUGCAGUCUGUAGAGAAACUAAAUGCGUGAAUCCAUGUUUAGCAUCACGAGAACCAAUGUGCCCUAAAGGGAAACAAUGUGAAGUAGUAGAGCAUCGUGUUAUGUGCGUAUGCCUCAAAGAUUGUCAGGCAACGGUAUCUAUUUGUUUAAGAGAUAAUGGAUGUCCUCAAAAUCUAGCCUGCCGAGAUUUCCAAUGUAAAGAUCCAUGCAAAGAUGCAUGUGGUGAUGCUCCUUGUUCAGUUGAAGACCAUCACCCUGUUUGCAAGUUUUGCCCAUAUGGAUUCAUACAUGAUGAAAAACACGGCUGCAUUAAAGCUUUAGGAUGCAGUGCGCAUGAGCAAUGCGCUUCUGGACAAGCUUGUAUUGAGGGUCGCUGUUCUGAUCCGUGUGCUCGGGGCGGCCCAUGUACAACUGGACAUCACUGCGCGGUUGUUGAUCAUCAACCUGUUUGUUCCAAAGUAUGCCAGUGUCAAACUUCAUCUGACUGUGCGAGAUAUCCAAACACGAAAUGUGACGGCUGCAUCUGCAUUCGUGAAGAUAAAGUAUCGACAAAUUGCGCACAUUGCCGACCAGGUGUACCGUGUGAUCCAUUUUCUGGCGCCUGUAUGGAGAAUGCUCGGCCUUUACAUGUCCCACUAACCGAAACGAACGCCGAUACUACAACAAUACAGUACACGAUAUCUGAAUUGAAUACUAAUAAUUACGACUCGACUAUAAUGACAAAUAAUGCAAUGCUAACAGAUAAUGUUAAUACACAAACAACUGAUAGUUUACUAAAUAAAAUGGAGUCAACUAUCAUUCCUUUCCAAAUGAAUUCGAUUGUAACAGAAUCAAAUGUCGAUGUUGAAGAUACUACCUUUUCUUCUACACUAAUAACAGAUAGCUUUACAAUAAGUACGUAUCCUUCAGAUCAAACGCUUGAAACUAAUAGUGAAGAUAUAGAUACAAGCACUCCAAAAGUUAUAAUUAAUAAUGAAAAUAAGAAAGAAGUGACCUCCAUGAAAAUGGAGUCAACAAUUAUUCCUUUGCAAAUGAAUUCGAUCGUAACCGAAUCAAAUGUUGAUGUUGAAGAUAGUACCUUUUCUUCCACACUAGUAACAGAUAGCUUUACAAUUAGUACGUAUCCUUCUGGUCAAACGCUUGAAAGUAAUAGUAAAAAUGUAGAUAUAAGCACUCCUAAAGUAGUAAUUAAUGAUGAAAAUAAGAAAGAAGUGACCACUAUUGCAAUUGAAAGCCAAGAACCAAUAAGAGUUGAUAACACCACGUAUUUUGAACAAUCAACUUCGAGUACUAAUAAACCGUAUUUAAAGCGUAAUGAAACAAGCGGUACUCAUAAGCAAAUUAAUGAAAAUGUAAACACAAAGAAUCAAGAAAAUAGACGAAAUUUACAAAAUUCUUUUGAGGAUCAUUCUAAAUCUACUUACCAGAAUACAACUAGUCCAUCUGUUGCUUUCGUUUCCCUCAAUUCAACUACUACUACCAAUUAUUUCAUCCAAAUGAACACAACCUUAAACAAUCCUGUUAAAGGGAGUGGUGAGUCUAAUAUAGGAACUACGGUAUCACAAGAAAGAGGUGACCAAGUUAUUGAGACGCUAGAUACAACAACAGAAGAUUUUCUACCACACGAUUUUAUAAGCACAACUGAAUCUUUAGGGAGCUUUAUAACAGGUCGUCACAAUGUAAAUGAACCCAGUUACGAACACAAGAAUAUUGACGAAGUAACUACAUUCCAAUCUCAGACGAAUGAUAAUAACAUAAAUUCUCAGCAGACAACUGGUCAUGUGGAUCAAGCAGAUACAAUCAUUUCCUUCGAUGCGACCACGGAGUCUGUGACUAGUGAUAUUAACUCAAAUUCAUAUGAUAUACCUUCAACCAACUAUGUUGACUAUGGUCGUGAAAUAACUGAAAAAAAUUUAGAUCCUUUUUCAGAUAGUACAACAAGUACACUGGGUAAUACGUUGCCUUUUACUACUGAAAUAAAUGACAUUACCACUAGUAAUCCAGAAGAUUUUACUUUAUAUCCAACAGAAAAAAAUAAAUAUGUAACAUUAAAAGAUAUCCAGCAUACAAUACAAGACGACACCAUAAUUAUUGGUGAGACAACUAUAAAACCCGAAAUGAAAAUCAACAAUGAAAUUAAAGAGUUUAAAAAAGGAGGUUCAACAACUUCGAUAGAUUUAAGUACAAUGACAGAACCUAGUACAGAAAAGGUAGAAUCCACAAGGAUCGAUUCUUCGAAUUUAGAUAAAAAAUUACAUAGUAUGUUCCCUUUUAAUCAAGUCACAGACAUAUAUCAUGAAAAUGAUAUGUUAGUGACUUCCACAACACAAUCGGAAGUAACCGAUUUCUCUACAACAACUUCCAUUCAGGGUAAAGAAAAAGAAUCCACUUCAUUCAUCAUAAAAAGUAAGGAUGUAACAAAUCCUUUAAUAGAAAAUACUAAUAAAAUGAGCACUGAACCCAUUUCUAUAAUAACCAACAAUCAAAUGAAUGAAGCAGUGAAUACAUUAUACUCUGAGGGCCACUCUGACAUGGUUUCUACCACUGCUAAUUAUAACAAAGGCGAUACUGAUGUCACCACAUUACAAGGUUUAUCUUCUGAACAAGAAGGAUCGUAUACAAGUACAGUAAGCCAAACUACUGAUCUUAUUACUUUCAAUAAAGAUGAGAUCAGAAAUACAUCACAAUUUACAGAUACAGUUGCAUUAAAUAAUACAUCAGAUUAUACAACUUUGGAUUAUCAACACUUAGAACUUUCAACAACUACCCGUAAUGAUAUAAUCCAAACUGACAUCACAUCCACGACUAUUUAUGAGCGAGAUCCUACAGAAUCUGAUCCAAUGUCUACGCAAUCAACUACUGAGUCAUAUAAUGAAAAUGAGACUACAGUACAUUCUAGUAUAAGUAUAGGAAAUAUAAAUUAUGAUAGUAAAAAUCAUGCAGAUCACACCGAUGCACCUGAUUACAAUGAUAAUAAUCGAACGACAAAAAGUGAUGAACUUGAGCGAGAGCCUAUCUCAAUUGCAACUUUUAUGAAUACGGUAACACAAAGUGAAUUUUACGAAAAUUCUAAGGAUAGUACGGAUUAUAUUAAUUCGAAUACUACUUCAACAACACACCGUGAACCAAUUGAAAACGAUUCUCAAAAAAAUCUUGGUACGACUCUGCCACAUGUUUAUUCCGAUACUACUAAACCAGAUAAGAACUAUGAUACGCCAAAUAUGAAUUCAAUUGGCUCAACACUGGCGUAUGAUACGAUUUCAACAGUUGAAAAUACAGGGAACUCUAUGACCUUUACUAUAUCAACUAUCAACAAUGAGGACGACUUUUCGACGGAAAAUUCGGUUCCAAACAGUAACAGGGCAAAUACCGAGAUAAAUAUACAGAAUCCAACUACUGAAGACACGACUUAUAUUAACAGCAAAAACGAAAUAGGAACUACAAGACGAAGUGAUAUUAAUCAAUAUGAAAAUAAGAUAGAUAUUCAAACGACUUUAAAUAACUUAGAAAGCACUGCUACAAUAUAUCCCAAUAAUAUUUUUAAUACGGCUUCCACAAAUUAUGCUUAUACCUCUGAUACAGGCGCCUCGGAACAACUUCAAAGCGACACCACAACUGAAAAAUAUACAAUAACUACACAAAUUGACAAACAAUCUACAAUUACUUCUUCUAGCAGCAAUAUUGGCAAUUUGAACACCGAGAUUACUCUAGGAACUGCUUUGGAUCAUACUUCUUAUGAUACCACGAACAUAGAGGCUACUGCUACAACAGGAAAUGAAAAUGAAAAAAUUACAUCAUACUUGACAAGUAUUGAUAUUAAAGACAAUUUGUCAGAAGUAACACGUGAGGGAAAUUUAUAUAUAACCACACCUUUAGUUGAUUUACGUAGGCCAAAUAAUUUCGAUAGCAAAGGUUCUACUGAAGCCAUAAAUCAAGAUCAAAUUACAUUUUCUGAUUAUAAAACAACUGAAAAUGUUAAAAUGGAAGACGAGAUAAGUGCUACUGAAGCGCUAAUAAAAUCGACUUAUAGAGAAGAAUCGACAACGGAAAAAUCAUUUAUAACUUAUGAUUUUGAAUCAACAUAUAUUGAAGAAUAUAAAGAAACAACUCAAUCUUCUCAGACUAACAAACCUAUUGAAAAUUCUGAACAAGAAUUAUACACGACAACUGAAUAUUCUUCUCAAAAUAUGCUUAAUAUUCAAAGUACUGACCAAUCUACAGAAAAUGGAAAAGCUGCUACCGAAACUACAACGAUGUCGUUACAACCGAUAAACGAUAAUGACUUAAUGUCUUCUACAGUAUUGAGUACAAUAGAAUACACUCAAUUAGAAAUUAAACAUGAUCGCACUAAUAACCCUACGGAGGCGACUACACAAGCCCAAAAGAAAAUCAAUUCAAUAAAUAUAAAUAACGAAGAUUUUACUUCGAGUACAUUACCCGAUUAUUUUAAAACUACAUUUUUUUCAAAAAAUAGUGUAUCUAAUUCCGAUACUACAAUAUCAAGGAAUAAUGCUUACUCGAAAACGGAACUGAACAUUGAAACAACAACAGAUUCCUCAAUUGUAUUGCAAAGUAAAGAUAAAUAUCCUUCCACUGUACCUGCAACUUUUAAUGCUUUCUCCGACAAUUUGUCUUCUAGGCAGAAAGAUUCCGAUAUUUCCGCUUGGACUGACAUGACUGUUUCAACUGAAUCAACUUCAACUGAAAUGAAUACUAACACUGACUUUUUGACGCCAAAAACACAAUGUACGAUAGACGAUGACUGUGACUUAAAACAAAAUUGUAGUCAUGGAGUUUGUCAAAAUCCGUGCGAGGUGCAGAAUCCGUGUACAAAGAACACAACCUGUAAGGUUUACAGCCAUGUCGCUGUUUGUGAAUGCGACGAUCCGGCCGGGAACAACUGUGAAAGAGAAUCACCUGGGACUCCAAAGGCACCAGAACCUUGUCAUUCUGAUCGGGACUGUAUAGAAACUGAAGCUUGUUUUAUGGGACUGUGUCAAAACCCAUGUGAAUUUGACAAUGUCUGUGGCAUUGGAGCUAAUUGCCAACCCGUAAAACAAAGGCCUAUGUGUUCAUGUCCAGCCGGGCAUGAGGGAGAUCCUGCUGUUAAAUGUUCACCUAAAAUAUCUGGUUGCACUCGAAAUGAAGAAUGUCACUUGACGGAAGCUUGUAUAAAUAAUGCAUGUCAACACCCAUGUGCGAUACAUAACCCGUGUGCACCUAAUGCAGUUUGUAUAAACACCAAUCACGGAUCAGAUUGCAGCUGUGUUGAAGGAUACCAGGGAAAUGGAUACGUCGGGUGUGUGCCAGUCGUUGAAUCCCAUUCAGUGUGUCAGUAUAAUGAAGAUUGUCCGCCCGAAUUGUUAUGUGACAGACUCAAUAGAGUAUGUAUUAAUCCUUGCGCUGUUGAUACCUGUGGUGAAAAUGCCGAAUGUUACCCAGUGAACCACGGUAUUCAAUGUAAAUGUCUUGCUGGUUUUACGGGAAAUCCUUUCCUCGACUGUUAUCAAGUACAAGGAUGUCGAUCAGACAACGAAUGCGCCAAUACAGAAGCGUGCAUAAAUGGAAAAUGUGACUCUCCCUGCCGAUGUGGUAUAAAUGCAAUUUGUGAUGUUAUUAAUCACCGUGCUUCUUGUAAAUGCUUGGCUGGUUUUACUGGCAAUCCUAUGAUUGGCUGUGAGCCCCCAUCAAACCCAUGUUUACCAAACCCAUGUGGCGUGAAUGCAUUCUGUGAAAAUGAUAAUGGAAAUCCAAUAUGUUUCUGUCCUAAAGGUCUUACUGGAAAUCCUUUCAAAAAUUGCAUUCCUGAGGGCAAUGAAUGUGAACCCAAUCCGUGUGGGCCUAAUACAGGAUGUAGAAUAAUCGAUGAAAAACCAGCUUGUUUCUGUUUACCAAAUUAUGAAGGCAACCCACCUAAGCAACCCUGUCAGUUACCCAAUAACCCAUGUAAUCCAUCUCCAUGUGGUCCUAACACGCAGUGCACUGUUUUGUCUAAUGGUUUUUCAAAGUGUACCUGUUUACCAGGUUACGUAGAAAGUCCGAAUACUGUCAGAGGAUGUAUCGAAGCACGAAAUCCAUGUGAACCUAACACGUGUGGCAUUGGAGCUCGUUGUGAUCCUAAUAGAACUCCUGCUUGCUAUUGUCCGGAAAAUACUAUUGGUAAUCCGUAUAAAUCAUGCAACCAUCAAUUUUACUUACCUCCUGAAGUAUUAUGUAAACCAGGCAAAUGCGGAACCAAUGCAGAUUGUUAUGUCAGCAGUAACAUUGAAAUGUGCUUCUGUCGGGCUGGAUUUAUAGGUGAUCCUUACAUAGGCUGUCAACCUCAAAAGAGUCCAUGUAGUCCAAAUCCUUGUGGUCCUCAAGCCAUUUGUAACGUCAACUACGAAGGUCAAGUAUCAUGUAUUUGCCCAGAAGGUAGCACUGGAGACCCAUAUAGUUUAAACGGGUGCGUUUCACGUGAAUGUGAAAUAGAUGAUGAAUGUCCAAUAAAUAGAGCUUGUAUUGGUUAUACUUGUCGUGACCCUUGUCCUGGCGUAUGUGGCUUAAAUGCAAAAUGUCAUGUAGAAUCUCAUCACCCUGUUUGUGUAUGCGAAGAGGGCUAUGAAGGCAAUCCACUUCUUUGUUGCUUACAACCAGAAAGUCAAAAAUCAAACAGCCCAUGCUCUAAAACCAAAUGCGGAUUAAAUGCUAUGUGUCAAGAUUUCGGAGACAAAGCAGUUUGCUCUUGUCCACCAGACUUCCACGGUAAUCCAUUGACAGAAUGUAAGCCAGAAUGUAUAAUGAAUUCCGAUUGUUCGUCCAGCGAAUCAUGUAUCAAUAGUAAAUGUGUGGAUCCAUGUGCAACGAGAAACAUAUGCGGAAUUAACGCUGUUUGUUUGUGUUCUGACCACACAGUAUCAUGCUUAUGCCCGGAUGGCUACAUAGGAGAUCCGUUGAUCCAAUGCAUAUAUAGACCUAUAGUAAUAACGCCUGAUAACUCCACAAAACAACCCUGUUUACCUAAUCCAUGUGAUACAAGUUCUUACUGCGAUACCUACGGCGAUAAGUUUGCAGUUUGCAAUUUAUGUGUUGGACCUAAUUCAAUUAAUAAUCCUGCGUGCAGACCAGAAUGCUUACUAAGUUCCGAUUGCGCAUUUGAUAAAGCAUGUAUAAGAAACAGAUGUGUAGAUCCAUGUGCCGGCUCUUGUGGUUUAAAUGCAGAAUGCACAGUUUACCAUCAUGAUCCUGUGUGCCGAUGCAAAAAUGGUUUUGAUGGAAAUCCUUAUGAAAAUUGUAAAACUACCUCUAAUCCUAUUUUACCAGAAGUAUGUGAUAAUAUGCAAUGUGGCUCAAAUGCAAGAUGUGAAAAUAACAAUGGUGCUUUAGCAUGCCAAUGUCUCUCAAAUUUUGUUGGAAAUCCAUAUAUUUCAUGCCGACCAGAAUGUGUUGUGAACAGUGAUUGUAGUUCAGACUUAGCAUGUUUAAAUAAUAAAUGUGAAAAUCCUUGCAAAGAUGUUUGUGGAAUAGGAGCGCAGUGCGAGACAAUUAAUCAUCAUGCUGUAUGCUAUUGCCCACCCAAUUUAACAGGCGACCCAUAUGUUCGAUGUCAAAGUCAGCCUAAUAUACCAACCUCAUUGUCUAUUUGCGACCCCUCUCCAUGCGGAGCAUACAGUCGUUGCCUCGUGUCAGAUACAGGAUUUGCAGUCUGUUCUUGUUUACCGGGCUUUAGAGGUAUACCACCAAUGUGCCAACCUGAAUGUGUUAGCAACUCUGACUGUACCCAGAAAGAAACAUGUGUAAAUCAGAAAUGUGUAAAUCCCUGUCAAGGCAGCUGUGGUGUAGGUGCUCAGUGUAUUGUAGUUAAUCAUAAUCCUUUAUGUAGCUGUGGAUCUGGAGAAACUGGCGAUCCAUUCAUCGCAUGUACAGCUUUUGUUGAAAGUACACCGACGGAUUCAAAUCCAUGUGUACCAUCGCCUUGUGGCCCUAAUUCAGUAUGUGAAAUUAAAUCAAAUCAUCCGGUGUGUUCUUGUCAACUAAAUUACUCAGGAGCGCCUCCAUUCUGUCGACCAGAAUGUGUAAUAAGCCAAGAGUGUCCACCAAAUCAAGCGUGUAUUAAUGAAAAAUGUUCCGACCCAUGUGCAGACGCUUGUGGAAAUAAUGCAAAGUGCAACGUUAUCAAUCAUACUCCCCUAUGUAGCUGCCUCGAAGGUUAUAAGGGAGACGCUUUCAUAGGCUGUGUGGCAAUUUCAAAAGACGAUUCUGUAACUCCUUGCAAUCCUUCCCCUUGUGGAGAAAAUACAAUUUGCACCGUAAUAAAUAAUGCAGCUCGUUGCUCAUGCAUCCCACCUAACAUUGGAAACCCAUACGCAGGAGGAUGUAGACCUGAGUGCAUUUUAAACUCGGAUUGUCCGAACCAUUUGGCUUGUUUAUCAAAUCAUUGUCGGGACCCAUGCAAAGACCUAUGCGGAGUUAAUGCAGAAUGCAUUGUAACUAAUCAUGUACCAGUGUGUACCUGCUUUAAAGGAUACGAGGGUGACCCGUUUUCUUCUUGUCGACCGGAAUAUAGAACACCAACACCUUUCAAUCCCUGCGAGCCAUCUCCAUGUGGACCAAACAGCGACUGUCACGUCGUAAAUAACAGGGCAGCUUGUUCAUGUCGUGUUGGAUAUCAAGGAGCUCCUCCUGCAUGCCGACCAGAAUGUGCAGUAAAUUCUGAUUGCCCACCUACUAAAGCUUGUAUAAAUCUUAAAUGCAAAGACCCUUGCGUACACAGCUGUGGUCUUGAUGCACGUUGUCACGUAGUCGGACAUAAUCCAAUUUGUUCGUGUCCAGAAAAUUUCCCAGAGGGUGAUCCGUUCAUCAAAUGCUAUAGGAAGACUAUUUCCCAACCAGCACCUGAUCCUUGUUUACCAUCUCCGUGCGGACCUCAUUCAACGUGUCGGAAUGAAGUUGGACGUGCCGUUUGCGCUUGUGAGCCUGGAACGCUCGGAGCUCCACCGGCCUGCCGACCACAAUGCCUCAUCAAUCAAGACUGUCCUCUCGCACUCGCAUGCCUCAAUGGAAUCUGCAUUAAUCCUUGUGUGGGCUCCUGCGGUUUCAACGCAAAGUGUACGGCGCAGAAUCAUCGACCGAUAUGUUCCUGCGACGAAGGUUUUUCUGGAGAUCCAUUUGCCGGUUGUAAUCCAUUUGAAAUUUCUAAAGAAGUUCCACGACAACCUUGCAAUCCUUCGCCUUGUGGACCUAAUGCAAUUUGUCGGGAAAAAGGUGGUGCUGGCGCUUGCACUUGUAUAGAUGAAUUUUAUGGGGAUCCAUAUUUAGGCUGUAGACCUGAAUGUGUUAUGAAUACAGAUUGUGCCAUGGACAGAUCUUGCUUUAACAAUAAAUGCGUAGAUCCAUGUCCAGGAACAUGUGGGCGGAAUGCUGAAUGUAGUGUCACCAAUCAUGCACCUUCUUGUUACUGCUUAAAUGGAUUUACCGGAAACCCUCUUCAUGCAUGUACUCCUAUAAUAACUAUUCAAGAACCAGUUGACCCUUGCCACCCUUCACCAUGUGGCCCUUAUAGUAAAUGUCGAACCUUUAACGGUCACGCUGUUUGUACGUGUUUCGAUAUGUGUGUGGGUUCACCACCUAACUGUCGACCGGAAUGUAUCGUUAGUUCUGAUUGUCGACCAAACAGAGCAUGUGUUAACCAAAAAUGCCAAGAUCCUUGUCCGGGUACUUGUGGUAUAAACGCAAAUUGUCAAGUUGUAAAUCACAAUCCUGUAUGCAGUUGCUUCAGUGAUUAUACGGGUGAUCCAUUUGUGCGCUGUUAUUUGGAAGACAAGCAAAUGACUCCAGUUGAUAACUGUCUGCCCAAUCCAUGUGGUCCUCAUUCACAAUGUAAAGACAUUAACGGAUUACCGGUUUGUUCAUGUUUGACCAAUUACAUCGGUCGUCCACCCAAUUGCAGACCUGAAUGUACCAUAAAUUCUGAAUGUCCCGGAAAUUUAGCGUGUAUAUCUGAAAAAUGCGGUGACCCAUGUCCAGGUUCUUGUGGUAUUCAUGCAAUAUGUGAUGUUGUUAAACAUAUUCCUGUAUGCACUUGCGAAUCAAGAUACACUGGUGAUCCAUUUUCCGGAUGUUAUUUAAUGCCAAUAAUUGAACCUCAAUAUGAGAAUCCAUGCGCUAGAUCGCCCUGUGGUUCUAAUGCUGUAUGCAAAGAAAGGAAUGGAGCAGGAUCAUGUUCUUGUUUACCAGAUUAUUAUGGUGAUCCAUAUAUAGAAUGCAGACCUGAGUGUGUUCUAAAUUCUGAUUGUCCGAAGGAUAGAGCGUGUAUUAACAAUAAGUGUAAAGAUCCCUGUCCUGGAGUGUGUGGUAUGAACGCAGAAUGUCGAGUUAAUAAUCAUGCUCCGUCAUGUGCUUGUUUUGACGGUUUUGAAGGAAACCCCUUUACUUCGUGCUAUCUAAGCCAAAUAGACAAACCAAUAGAUCCGUGUACACCAUCGCCAUGUGGCCCCAAUAGUGUAUGCCGUGUAAGCCACGGUCAUGCUAUAUGUGCAUGCCAAGAAGAAUAUUUCGGAUCACCACCUUCAUGUCGUCCUGAAUGUAUGGUUAGCAGUGACUGUAUGCCAAACAGAGCGUGUAUCAAUACAAAAUGUGUUGAUCCAUGUAUUGGAGCUUGUGGAAAGAAUGCCAAAUGUACCGUUGUAAAUCAUAAUGCUUUGUGUAGUUGCCCACACAACUACGCAGGCGAUCCUUUUAUACAAUGUAUCUUUGAAGAACGUGAAGUAAAACCAUCUAGUAAUCCAUGUAUUCCCUCUCCAUGUGGGCCAAAUUCUCAAUGUCGUAUCGUUGGUGAAACUCCAGCAUGUUCAUGUAAACCUGGUUAUAUUGGUCGAGCUCCAAAUUGCCGUCCAGAAUGUAUUUAUGACGAAGAAUGUGCAAGUAAUCUUGCUUGUAUUCGCGAAAAAUGUACAAGCCCUUGCGAAGGAUCGUGUGGUGCACAUGCUGAUUGUAUUGUUAUUUCUCAUAAAGCAGUUUGUCGUUGCCAAGAAAGUUAUACAGGAGAUCCAUUUAGUGGUUGUUACUUUAUUGUAACGGUUGCUAGCGAGUACGACACUACUCCGUGUAAUCCAUCUCCAUGUGGUCCAAAUUCCAUAUGUACAGAGAGAAAUUCGGCUGGAGCUUGCACAUGUUUGCCUGAUUAUUUUGGUGAUCCUUACAUGGGAUGCCGCCCAGAAUGUGUUACAAAUAACGAUUGUCCCUUAGACAAGGCUUGUUCAAAUAAUAAAUGCGUAAAUCCUUGCGAAGGCGCAUGCGGAGUCAACACUUUAUGUAAUGUAGCACAUCAUACUCCUGUUUGCUUAUGUAUUGAUGGGUAUGAAGGAAAUCCCACACUAUCUUGUUAUCCACAGAAAAACAUUCCAGUAGACAUAAAUCCUUGUGUCCCGUCGCCUUGCGGUCCAUACAGCAACUGUAAAGUAGUCGAUGGACAUGGGGUUUGUUCGUGCCAAGAAGAUUAUAUAGGAUCUCCACCAACAUGUAGACCGGAGUGUGUGAUUAGUACAGACUGUCCACAGCAUCAAGCGUGUAUUAAACAAAAGUGCAGAGAUCCGUGUGUGGGAACAUGCGGUGUCAAUGCAAAAUGUCAAGUUAUAAACCAUAAUCCUAUUUGUACAUGCAAAGCAGGUUUUACUGGCGAUCCAUUUGUAACUUGUCAAUUAGAACCAAAACCUAUUCUUCCGGUGCCUAAGGGAAAUCCAUGUAUUCCAUCGCCGUGUGGUCCUUAUUCACAGUGUAAAGUAGUUGGUGAAGCGCCUGCAUGCUCAUGCUUACCAAAUUAUAUCGGUGUUGCACCAAACUGUAGACCAGAAUGUUCUAUUAAUGCGGAAUGCCCUGGUAAUUUUGCAUGUCAAAAUGAAAAGUGUGUAGAUCCAUGCCCUGGCUCUUGUGGAUUCAAUGCAGAAUGUACAGUAGCUAAUCAUGUAGCCUUGUGUCAUUGUGUUCAGGGAUAUACAGGUGAUCCUUUCAGUGGAUGUUCUGUUAUUGAACAUACUCCAGAACCACCACCGAACCCGUGUAAUCCAUCCCCAUGUGGUGCUAACGCCAUUUGUAAAGAAAGAAAUGGCAUUGGAUCUUGUUCGUGCCUCCCGGAAUACUUUGGAGACCCAUACACGGGCUGUCGUCCGGAGUGCGUUUCUAACUCCGAUUGUGAUCGAAAUAAAGCUUGCUCAAAUAACAGAUGUAGAGAUCCAUGUCCAGGAUCUUGUGGAAUAAAUGCAGAAUGUAGAACUAUCAACCACUCUCCAACAUGCACGUGUCUUACUGGUUAUACCGGAAAUCCACUUACACGAUGCGAAGUUCAACUUAUUCCCGAUAGGGACGAUGCCGAUCAAAAUCCUUGUCAACCAUCUCCAUGUGGACCAAACAGUCUUUGUCGUACAGUAAAUGGUCACAGUGUAUGUACUUGCGAAAGUGGAUACAUCGGAACACCACCUACUUGUCGUCCUGAAUGUAUUGUUAGUUCUGAAUGUCCCCAAGACAAGGCUUGUGUUAAUAAGAAGUGUGUAGACCCAUGUCCAAACACAUGUGGAUUGAAUGCUCGCUGUCAAGUAGUUACACAUAAUCCAAUAUGUAGUUGUACCCCUGGAUACACUGGUGAUCCAUUUACAAAAUGCGCCCUGGAAGAAAGAACUGUGCCAACAAAUCCUUGCGAGCCUUCACCGUGUGGACCGAAUUCAGAGUGUAGAGUAAUAGGAGAUCAAGCUGCUUGUUCGUGUUUACCAAACUACAUCGGAAGAGUUCCAAACUGUAGACCAGAAUGUUCCAUAGAUGCUGAAUGUCCUAGUAAUACAGCUUGUAUCAACGAACGUUGUAAAGAUCCAUGUCAAAGUGCAUGUGGUCUAAAUGCUCUCUGUUUGACGGUUAACCAUAAGCCAGUAUGUAAUUGCCAGCAAGGUUUUACUGGAGAUGCUACAAGUAACUGCGUGCAAAUUGUAAUUUCAUCUACGGAAAUGACACCUACCUCAAGUCCAUGCUCACCAUCACCAUGCGGGCCAAAUGCUGAAUGUCGUGAACACAAUGGAGCAGGAGCUUGCUUCUGUUCUGAAGGCUAUGAGGGUGACCCAUACAGCCCACAAGGAUGCCGUAGAGAAUGCGAGAGCAAUGACGAUUGUCCUGUAAAUCUGGCUUGUACUCGAUAUAAAUGUAUUGAUCCCUGUCCAAGAACGUGUGGUCAGUUUGCACAGUGUACGGUAGAAAAACAUAUACCAGUUUGUACUUGUCCUAAAGGAUAUACAGGAGAUCCAUUCUUCCAAUGCAAACAAAUAGCCCUGGAUUCAUAUGUACCACCUUCUAAUCCUUGCGAACCUACACCAUGCGGACCUAAUAGUCAAUGUAGACAGGUUAAUAUGCAAGCUGUAUGCUCCUGUCUCCCGAACUACAUAGGAUCACCGCCAUCGUGUAGACCUCAAUGUGUAGUAAACAGCGAAUGCGAUCUAUCUAAAGCAUGUAUUAAUCAGAAAUGUGACGAUCCUUGUCCAAAUACAUGUGGAUUGCGAGCUCACUGCCAAGUUAAAAAUCAUAAUCCUAUCUGCACAUGCCCCGCUGGAAUGACUGGUGAUCCAUUUACGCAAUGCUAUCCUAUUAUACCAACUACUGAUAGACCACCAUCUUGUACUCCAUCACCUUGUGGUCCACACUCUCGCUGCCAACAAUUGUCAAGUGGGCCAGCAUGUUCAUGUUUGCCAGGAUAUGUUGGUUCUCCUCCAUCUUGUCGUCCAGAAUGUACCAUAAACUCGGAGUGUCCAGCGUCACUUGCAUGCGUCAGACAAAAAUGUGAAGACCCAUGUCCAGGCUCAUGUGGAGUUGAAGCUAAUUGUCACGUUUUAAACCAUGUUGCAGUUUGUGUCUGUAAUGAAGGUUAUACUGGAGAUCCAUUUUCAAGAUGUUCACCAAUCACUGAAGCACCAACAACGCCAUCUCCUCAAGAUCCAUGUAAUCCAUCACCUUGCGGACCUAAUGCUAAAUGUGAUAAUGGUUUUUGUACAUGUUUACCAGAUUAUAGAGGUAAUCCUUAUGAGUCGUGUCGACCAGAAUGUACAGGCAGUCAAGAAUGUCCUAGAGAUAAGGCAUGCUUCCGAAAUAAGUGUCGUGAUCCCUGCCCUGGAGUUUGUGGUCAGAAUGCAAAGUGUGACGUAAUAAAUCACAUACCAAGCUGUUCCUGCAUUUCAGAAUAUACAGGAAAUCCAUUUACACAUUGUCAACAUAUGGAACGAGAAAAGUCACCACCUUUAGAUCCUUGUCAUCCAUCACCUUGUGGUCCGAAUAGCGUAUGUAGAACUGUCGAAAACACAGCAGUAUGUGCAUGUGUGGAAGGUUAUCAAGGUUCUCCACCUGCUUGUAGACCCGAGUGUGUUGUUAGCUCAGAAUGCCCUCCUACAAAAGCCUGUGUAAACCAAAAAUGUAUUAAUCCAUGCAUAAACGCCUGUGGUCUUCAGGCCCGAUGUGAAGUUAUUAAUCAUAGUCCAAUCUGCAGUUGUAAUUUAGGACAAACUGGUGAUCCAUUUAAGAGUUGCUUUGAUAUUGUAAUGACGCCAUUGGAACCAGUAGAUGCUUGUAAUCCAUCGCCAUGUGGACCAAAUUCUAUCUGUAUUGAAAGGAAUGAAAAAGCUAAUUGUAGAUGCGCUGAUGAUUACAUUGGACAACCACCAAACUGUAGACCAGAAUGUAUCAUAAAUCCAGAUUGUCCAUCUAAUCAAGCAUGUAUUAGAAAUAAAUGUAUAGACCCUUGUCCAGGAUCAUGUGGUAUUAACGCAGAUUGCAUUAUUGUCAGUCACACUGUAUCUUGCGUUUGUAGAGAAAAAUACACAGGAAAUCCUUUCUUACAGUGUAUUCCUCAAGAAGAAAAAGUUGUCAAACCAUGUGAUCCUUCGCCCUGUGGAAUGAAUGCUGUUUGCUCACAACGUGACGGCGCUGGAGCAUGUUCUUGUUUAGAAGGUUAUCAAGGAAAUCCAUAUGAAGGUUGCAGGCCAGAAUGUGUAUUAAGUUCUGAUUGCUCUGCAGAUAAAGCUUGUAUACGGAAUAAGUGCGCAGAUCCUUGCCCGGGUAUUUGUGGAAACUUUGCUGAAUGCACUGUUAUAAACCAUGUCCCCACGUGCGCUUGUGCUAAAGGAUAUUCGGGUAAUCCAUUCAUACAAUGUUCAAGAGAACAAAUUGCACACGAAAUAAAACCAUGCCAGCCAUCUCCAUGUGGUCCAAACAGUGUUUGUAGAGAGAAUGGUGGUUUAGCAUCUUGUGAAUGUUUACCAGAUUAUAAGGGCGCACCACCUGAUUGCCGUCCUGAGUGUACAGUAAGUAGCGAAUGUUCACCAGACCGCGCUUGUCAUAAACUCAAAUGUGCAGAUCCAUGUAGAGGAACUUGCGGAAUAGGUGCACAUUGCCAAGUUGUAAAUCAUAGUCCUUUAUGUAGUUGUCCAGUUGGAACAACUGGUGAUCCCUUCAGUCGAUGUCGAGAAAUUCAAUUUACUGAAACUGAACUGCAGCCUAUAGAACCAUGUUCUCCAAAUCCAUGUGGACCAUACAGUGAAUGUCGAGCAAUAAAUGGAAAUCCUUCGUGCUCCUGUACUGGUGGAUACAUAGGUGCGCCACCAAACUGUCAUCCAGAAUGUCUCGUCAAUACAGAUUGUCCGUCGCAUCAAGCUUGUAUAGCUGAAAAGUGUAGAAAUCCCUGUGAAGGAUCUUGUGGAUUUAGAGCUGAAUGCCGAGUUCAAGAUCAUAUUCCUAUAUGUAGCUGCCCCACAAGAUUUUCAGGAGAUCCAUUUAUACAAUGUGCUGAAGUGAUUGAUGUGGUUCCAACACCGACACCAGAUCCCUGUAAUCCAUCGCCAUGUGGAUCCAAUACUAUAUGUGAUAAUGGAUCUUGUUUGUGUGCUAAAGGAUUCUUUGGCGAUCCAUACAUUGGCUGUCGCCUAGAAUGCUCAACAAAUGGCGAAUGCUCACCGACCAAAGCUUGCCAAGGAGGGAAAUGUCUAGAUCCUUGUCCAGGAGCUUGUGGUACUGGUGCUACAUGUUCCGUCAAUAAUCACAUACCAUCAUGCACAUGUCCAGUCGGUACUUCGGGCGAUCCAUUUGCUUAUUGCACCGAAAUUGUUAAAGAAGAAACACCACGAUCGCCGUGCACUCCGUCACCAUGUGGACCAUACAGUGAGUGUAGUGUGAGUGCGAACGGUGCCGCAGCAUGUUCCUGUCGAGCCGGUCACAUCGGCUCCCCUCCUUCAUGUCGUCCGGAAUGUCUUGUUAGCUCGGAAUGUAAAUUACAAGAAGCUUGCAUUGACCAUCGAUGUCGAAAUCCAUGUGAAGGUGCAUGCGGUCGAGGUGCUCGGUGUCAAGUAAUUGCGCAUUCUCCGAUUUGUACUUGUAAUGAUGGAUUCUCCGGUGAUCCGUUCACGUAUUGCUCACCAGUCCCAUCCACCCCGCCGAUACCAGUUGAUCCUUGUGAGCCUACACCGUGCGGGCCAAAUUCGAUAUGUAUAAAAACAGGAGACAUACCCGCUUGCAGUUGUCAACCUGGAUUUAUUGGUUCAUCACCAAAUUGCCGACCGGAAUGUACAAUCAGUGCAGAAUGUCCCGCAGCACUUGCUUGUGUGGCUCAACGUUGUAAAGAUCCCUGUACCCAAGCUUGCGGCCCUAACGCUGUUUGUUCAGUUGUGGAUCAUCGAGCAACCUGUGCUUGUGAACAUGGUUUUCAAGGAGAUCCAUUCCAGGGUUGCGUUCCACCUAAAGCCCCUUCAGCCGUUGAAUAUAUAAAUCCAUGUGAGCCUACGCCUUGUGGGGCAAAUGCAGAGUGUAAAGUACAAGGAAAAGCAGGAUCAUGUACAUGUCUUCCUGACUACUUUGGCGAUCCUUACCAAGGUUGCCGGCCGGAGUGUAUUGCCGAUUCUGAUUGUUCGUUAACAUUGGCUUGUAUUCGUAAUAAAUGCAUUGAUCCAUGUCCAGGAGUAUGUGGCCUUAAUGCGGAUUGUUAUGUUGCUAAUCAUAAACCAAACUGUAACUGUCAUAUAGGAUUUACGGGUAAUCCGCUGACGAUGUGUUCACAAAUACGCACUCAGGAUGUGAUGAGGAAUGUUUGUAAUCCAUCACCAUGUGGGUUGAAUGCAGUUUGUAAAGUCGUCAAUAAUCAACCAGUGUGUUCCUGUUUGAGUAACUAUAUGGGAAAUCCACCAAAUUGUAAACCUGAAUGUAUUGUUAAUUCAGAUUGUAAAACAAACAGAGCUUGCAUAAAUAAUAGAUGCAUAAAUCCAUGCCCUAAACCAUGUGGAUUUAACUCUGAUUGUAAGGUAAUAAACCAUAGCCCUGUAUGCUCAUGUCGGCAAGGCUAUUCUGGGGACCCUUUCAUAGGGUGUCAUGCAAAAUUACAAGUUGAUUUCGCCGUGACAGAACUUAUGGAUCCAUGCUUUUCAUCGCCAUGUGGUCUAUACGCAGAGUGCCGUAACAUCAAUGGUUUACCAUCAUGUUCAUGUUUAGCUUCAUAUAUUGGAUCACCGCCAUUUUGUAAACCUGAGUGUGUAAUUCACUCAGAUUGUCCUAGUGAUAAAGCUUGCAUAUCAGAGAAAUGUCGCAACCCAUGUGAGGGGUCUUGUGGCCUUUAUGCAAAUUGCUUCGUAAACAAUCAUAUUGCCGUUUGCUUAUGUCCAGAAGGAUUUACGGGCGAUCCGUUUAGAGGGUGUAAACCUCACUUAAUUGAAGAUGUUGUCGUUCCUACUCCGAGUGACCCUUGUCAUCCAAACCCUUGUGGGGCGAAUUCAAACUGUGUCAAUGGAGUUUGCUCAUGCCUUGCAGAUUACCAUGGUGAUCCAUAUUUUGGAUGCCGACCUGAGUGUGUAUUUAAUUCAGACUGUCCGCGUGAUAAAGGUUGUCAACGUAAUAAAUGUGUUGAUCCAUGCAUAGGAACUUGUGGUCAAAAUGCUAUCUGUAAAGUAAAUAAUCAUAUUCCGAUGUGUUCCUGUCCACGUGGAAUGAGUGGGAAUGCCUUUAUCGAAUGUCGGACCAUGCCUGUAACUAAUCAAAACCCCUGUAAUCCAUCACCUUGUGGACCAAACAGUCAAUGUCAACAGUCCCACGGCCAAGCUGUGUGUUCUUGCCUCCCAGGUUAUCGUGGAAGCCCUCCUAAUUGCAGACCUGAAUGCGUUGUAAGCUUAGAAUGCCCUCUAAACGCAGCUUGUCAAAAUCAAAAGUGUAUAAAUCCUUGUGAAGGCGCUUGUGGUAUAGCAGCAGUGUGUGAUGUAAUAAGUCAUAAUCCUAUCUGUACAUGUCCGCCUUCUUUCUCCGGAGAUCCAUUCAUAAAAUGUGACCUUGUUGUUCGAGAGCCAAUACAAAUAAAUCCAUGUGAACCAACACCCUGCGGACCUCACUCAACUUGUAGAAACGCGAACGAUAGCCCAGUUUGUGCAUGCCUUAGUGGUUAUCAGGGUACUCCACCUAAUUGUAGACCAGAAUGUAUCAGUAAUAGCGAAUGUAACUAUAACUUGGCUUGUAUUAACCAAAAAUGUUCAGACCCCUGUGUUGGCAGUUGCGGAAUAAAUGCAGAAUGUAGAGUAGUCAGUCAUUCUCCAAUGUGUCUUUGUCAAGCUGGUUAUACAGGAGAUCCAUUUUCACACUGUAGUUUGGAAAUAGUAUCACGACCAAGUGAGGUUUUGUAUCCAUGUAGCCCAAAUCCUUGCGGAGCAAAUGCUAUAUGUCGCGAACAGAAUGGUAUAGGUGCUUGUCAGUGCGUAAGCGACUACACGGGUAAUCCAUAUGAAGGAUGUCGACCAGAGUGUGUGGUUGAUUCUGAUUGCCCCCUAAAUAAAGCUUGCUCAGGAAUGAAAUGUAUAGACCCAUGCCCAGGAACGUGUGGUGUAAAUGCUUUCUGUCAAGUAAACAAUCAUUUGCCAAUUUGCAUUUGUCAGUCGGGUUAUACAGGAAAUCCAUUUAGCCACUGUAAUAUACUCCAAGAACCGCAAAUUUUGGAAAAAGAUCCAUGCAAUCCUAGUCCAUGUGGUGCUAAUAGUCAAUGUAAAGAAGUAAACGGCCAAGCUACGUGCUCAUGUUUGCCCUUAUUCGUUGGAUCACCACCGUACUGUCGCCCUGAAUGUGUAGUAAGCUCAGAAUGUCCAUCUAAUUUAGCCUGCAUCGACCAAAAAUGUUCUGAUCCUUGUCUUAGUAGCUGUGGUGAAAGUGCAAAUUGUAAUGUGAUAAACCAUAGUCCAAUUUGUGUUUGUAAGCAAGGAUUAACUGGAAAUCCAUUUACAAGAUGUUAUCCUAUGAUAAUAUCUUCUCAGCCAGAUAAUCCAAUUAGUGUCGAUCCGUGUUCAUCAGCACCAUGCGGCUUAUAUGCCACAUGCCGUAAUAUUGGGGGAGCACCCUCAUGUGCAUGUGAAACAAACUACAUCGGUACUCCACCAAAUUGCAGACCAGAAUGUACAAUUAAUUCAGAAUGUCCAAGCAAUCAAGCAUGUAUCAAUGAAAAAUGUCAAGAUCCAUGUCUGGGCGCUUGCGGGUUCAAUGCACAAUGUUCUGUAUUCAACCAUAUCGCUCAGUGUAGGUGUUUGGAUCAAUACACGGGAGACGCAUUUGUACAAUGCUAUAUUGAAAUUCAAAAAGACGAACUGCCAGAAUUUGAUGCAUGCAAUCCUAAUCCAUGUGGGCCAAACGCUGAUUGUAAUGACGGAAAAUGCACUUGUGUACUUGAAUAUCAGGGUGAUCCAUACUUUGGAUGCAGACCAGAAUGUCUUACAAGUAGUGAUUGUCCUCAGAAUAAGGCAUGUUUCAAAAAAAAAUGUGUUAAUCCUUGUGAAAAUACAUGUGGACGUCAAGCUAUAUGUAAUGUCAUUAAUCAUGUUCCAAUGUGUUCGUGUUUACCAAACCAUUCCGGUAAUGCAUUUGUUGAAUGUAGACCUAUAGCAACGAUUGAAAAUAUAAACCCCUGUAACCCAUCGCCUUGUGGUCCUAAUAGUCAAUGUCGUGAAGUAAGUGGACAAGCAAUUUGCACAUGUUUACCUGGAUAUAAGGAUGCACCUCCAACUUGUAGACCUGAAUGUGUAACCAGCGCUGAGUGUGCUCUUAAUAAAGCUUGUUCGGGUCAAAAAUGUAUCGACCCAUGCAAAGGAAAUUGUGGAGUUGGGGCAAUAUGUCAAGUGAUUAAUCAUAACCCUAUAUGUUCAUGUCCAUCAGGUUUUACUGGUGAUCCAUUUAGUAGAUGUUUACUGAAGGAUUUCGAGGAACCCCUUUAUGUUAACCCAUGUCAUCCUUCUCCAUGUGGACCCAAUGCAGAAUGCAAAGAAAUAAAUGGAUCACCGUCAUGUGCGUGCCGUGAUGAGUACACAGGAACUCCACCAAAUUGCAGACCCGAAUGCAUUUCUAAUUCAGAAUGUCCUAACGAACUCGCAUGUAUAAAUGAAAAAUGUAAAGAUCCUUGUCCUGGAUCCUGUGGUACAGGUGCUGAAUGCAAAGUUGUAAGCCAUGCUCCUCAAUGUUACUGUCCAGACGGUUUUACUGGUGACGCAUUUAUAUCAUGUAAUUUGAUUGACAUUCCCCUUACACCAUGUUCACCAUCACCGUGUGGUCCUAACGCUAUAUGUAAAGAACUUAGGGGAGCAGGAGCAUGUGUAUGUUUACCAGAAUACAUUGGAAAUCCAUAUGAAGGAUGUCGCCCUGAAUGUGUUAUUAAUUCUGACUGUGCUAUAAACUUAGCUUGCAUUCAAAACAAGUGUAAAAAUCCUUGUACGAAUAUUUGCGGACUAAAUGCAAUUUGUCAUGUUAUUAACCAUACUCCUAAAUGCGAAUGUUUGCCUGGUUUUAUUGGAAGUCCAUAUCAAGAAUGCAUAGUGAAACAUGAAGAUGAAUUAUUCCAAAAGGAUCCUUGUUCACCAUCGCCGUGUGGUCCUAACAGUAUUUGCAAAGUAUCAAAUAAUCAAGCUGUGUGUACUUGUAAAAUAAAUUAUUUGGGUACACCCCCGUCCUGUAGACCAGAAUGUCUCAUAAGUUCAGAAUGUCCACAACAUCAAGCCUGUAUUAAUGAGAGAUGCAGGGAUCCAUGUGUAGGUGUAUGUGGAAUUAACGCCGAAUGCAAAGUGAUAAACCAUAGUCCAAUAUGUUCAUGUGCAACCCAAUCCACAGGAGAUCCAUUUAUUAGAUGUUAUAGAGUUGAAGCAGAAGCUGUUGUAGUACCCACAAAUCCAUGCGUGCCAUCACCCUGUGGACCAUUCUCGCAAUGCCGUGAUGUGAAUGGUUUACCAUCAUGCUCUUGUUUGCCACAAUAUAUAGGCAGCCCACCAAAUUGUAGACCUGAAUGUACAAUUAAUACGGAUUGUGUCAGUGACAAAGCAUGUAUUAAUGAAAAAUGUGUAGACCCGUGCCCUGGUUCCUGCGGUUUAAAUGCGGAAUGUCGAGUGCAAAAUCAUAUAUCCAUUUGUACAUGUAUUGAGGGCUAUAUUGGGGAUCCAUUUCAAAGUUGUUCUAUAAAACCACACAGAGAUGUAACAUUACAAGAUCCAUGCAAUCCCUCCCCAUGUGGAAUGAAUGCAAUGUGUAAUAACGGUAUUUGCACGUGUCUUCCUGAAUAUAAUGGUGAUCCAUACUUUGGUUGUCGUCCCGAAUGUACAAUAAGCUCAGAGUGUAGUAUGAACAAGGCUUGCGUAAAGAACAAGUGUGUAAAUCCUUGCAAUAAUACGUGCGGUUUAAAUGCUAUUUGUGAUGUUAUUAAACAUAUGGCCAUAUGUACUUGUCCACCUAAAAUGUCUGGGAAUGCAUUUUUGCGAUGUUCUCCAAUCCAAGAUACUUUGGUCACAAAUCCAUGUCGACCAAAUCCGUGCGGUCCAUAUAGUCGUUGCUCAGAACGUAAUCAACAAGCAAUAUGCUCUUGUAUGCCUGGAUAUCACGGGGCGCCACCUUCCUGUCGCCCAGAAUGUGUUUCUAGUUCGGACUGCACCUUAGAUAAAGCUUGUAGCAAUCAAAAAUGUAUAAAUCCAUGUGUAGGAGCAUGUGGAGUAGAAGCUAAGUGCCAAGUUAUAAAUCAUAAUCCUAUUUGUACAUGCCCGCCUACAUACACUGGAGAUCCAUUUACGCGAUGCAUUAAUAUACCAUUAUCGGAACCAACUAUCGCAGUAAAUCCUUGUCAACCAUCACCCUGUGGCCCCAACUCAAUCUGCCAAGAAUCAGCGACUGGAACAGCUACAUGUCAAUGUCUACCAGACUUUUUAGGUGCUCCACCAAAUUGUCGUCCGGAGUGUAUUUCCAACAGUGAAUGCACUUCGUCGUUAGCUUGUAUUAAUAGAAAAUGUCUAAAUCCAUGUAACGAAGCAUGUGGUACCAAUGCUGAGUGUCGUGUGGUUAGUCAUACAGCAAUUUGUAUUUGUCCUGAAGGAUAUAAGGGCGACCCAUCUGUGCAGUGUAUUUUAAAUGCACUUUCUGUAAUUGAACAAUCCAAUCCAUGUUCACCAUCUCCCUGCGGACCAAAUGCUGAAUGUAUUGAACGAGGUACUACAGGAGCGUGUGUGUGCCUGAAAGGAUACUUCGGUGAUCCUUAUGAAGGAUGUCGACCAGAGUGUAUUGUAAAUUCAGAUUGUCCGAGUAAUAAAGCAUGUUCGAGAAAUAAAUGCGUAGACCCAUGUCCUGGUACUUGUGCUAUAAAUGCAGAAUGUCAAGUUGUUAAUCACUCCCCAUUAUGCACUUGUCCAUCACAAUUUUCGGGCGAUCCAUUCCAGCAUUGCGCACUUUUACAACUUGAAGAAGUGAAAGCAGAUCCAUGUAAUCCAUCACCAUGCGGACCUAAUAGUCAAUGUAGAAUAUCAAAUGGUCAGAGUGUUUGUUCGUGUCUGCCUGAAUAUUUUGGAUCUCCCCCAAACUGCCGCCCGGAAUGUGUUCUAAAUUCAGAGUGUCCCACCGAUAAGGCGUGUAAAAAUUAUAAAUGUCAUACAUCGUGUCCUGGACCCUGUGGUCAAAAUGCAAAUUGUAAGAUGAUUAAUCAUAGUCCAAUCUGUACAUGUUUACCAUUAUAUACAGGAGAUCCUUUUUCGACCUGUUAUAAAAUUAUCGUUGCAUUAGAAGUUCAGCCAAAAGUCGAUCCCUGUAUUCCAUCACCAUGUGGUCCAAAUUCACAAUGUAGAAAUUUGAACGGCCUGCCUUCCUGUUCAUGCUUACCUAAAUACGAAGGAAGCCCACCUAAUUGCAGAUCAGAAUGUAUAAUAAAUGAAGACUGUGCUAGCAACCUGGCUUGCAUUAAUCAAAAGUGUAAAGAUCCAUGCCCUGGGUCUUGCGGAAUAAACGCUAAAUGUUUUGUGAGAAACCAUGUAUCAAUAUGUAACUGUGAAGAAGGCUUUACCGGAAAUGCAUUUACACAAUGUAUUCCUAUACCACAUAACGUUGAAAUUGAUUUAUGUAACCCAUCCCCAUGUGGAACAAACGCGGUGUGUAUUGAUGGAAAAUGCAGUUGUCUUGCUGAAUUCCAUGGUGAUCCAUAUAUUGGUUGUCGACCUGAAUGUACACUUAGCACUGACUGUGCACGUGAUAAAGCUUGCAUCAAAAAUAAAUGCCAAGAUCCUUGCCCUGGAACAUGCGGUUCAAAUGCUAAAUGUAAUGUUAUUAAUCAUGUACCUAUGUGUAGUUGCCCAGAUAGAAUGCAAGGAAAUGCAUUUAUCGAAUGUUAUCUCUUAUCAGAACCAAUAAAUAUCAAUCCAUGUCAUCCAUCUCCAUGUGGUCCCAAUAGCCAAUGCAGAGUAGCCAAUAGUCAACCCGUAUGUUCUUGUGCUCCAAAUUUCAUUGGAAGUCCACCCACCUGUCGGCCAGAAUGUACAAUUAGUGCAGAGUGUCCACUAGAUCAAGCAUGCACUAAUCAACGAUGUGUAAAUCCAUGUAUUGGCGCUUGUGGAAUUACAGCUCAGUGCAAAGUAGUAAACCAUAAUCCAAUAUGUACUUGCCCAGACGCUUACUCUGGAGACCCAUUCACACGCUGUUAUAAGCUUCCUGAAAAAACGCCAAUUUCCGAUAAUUUGUGUUCUCCGUCACCAUGUGGACCAAAUUCAAUAUGUAAAAUUAUAAAUGAUGUUCCAUCAUGUACCUGUUUAGAAAAUUAUCAAGGCCAACCACCAUAUUGCAGGCCAGAAUGUACAAGUAAUGAAGAAUGCUCUGUACAAAUGGCUUGUGUUAAUAUGAAAUGCAUUGAUCCAUGUGAAGGUGCAUGUGGAAUUAACGCAGAGUGUAAGGUCAUCAGCCAUUCACCGAACUGUAUGUGUACGUAUGGAUAUACAGGAGAUCCUUUUUUCAAUUGCGUAAUAGAACCACUACGAGAGCAAAUAAAUUCCAAUCCAUGCACACCAUCACCAUGUGGAUUUAAUGCUAUAUGCAAAGAAAAGAAUAAUGCUGGAUCAUGUACUUGUAUUGAGAGCUAUAUUGGAAAUCCUUACGAAGGUUGUAGACCAGAAUGUGUAGUGAAUACGGACUGUCCAAACGACAAGGCUUGCACAAAUAAUAAGUGCGUUGAUCCGUGUCCAGGAAGUUGUGGGUCGAAUGCGUUAUGUCAAGUUGUUAAUCAUGCGUCUUUAUGCACAUGUAUCAAUGGCUAUACAGGAGAUCCUUUCAGAAAUUGUGUUUAUCAAGAAGCGGCACCGCCAUUAUUACCCACUGAUGUUUGUUAUCCAACACCGUGUGGGCCAAAUAGCCAAUGCAAAGUUAUAAACAAUCAAGCUAUUUGUUCGUGCUUAAAGGAAUAUGUUGGAAUUCCUCCAAACUGUCGACCUGAAUGCGUUGCUAAUUCAGAAUGUUCUCGAGAACAUGCUUGCAUAAACAAUAAAUGUGUUAAUCCAUGCGACAACGCAUGCGGUAUCAAUUCCAACUGCAAAGUAAUAAAUCACAGUCCCAUAUGUUCAUGUAAACAUUCUUAUGUAGGAGACCCCUUCACAAUUUGCAGUCUAUCUCCUGUUUCCUCGCCUCCAGAACCCAUUGAUCCUUGUAUACCAUCACCUUGUGGACCUAAUUCUGAAUGUCGUAGCAUUGGAUCUUCACCAUCAUGUUCUUGUAUGCCAGAAUUUAUCGGUAGUCCACCCAAUUGUAGACCCGAAUGCACAAUACACGCUGACUGUCCUAGUGACCGGGCGUGUAUUAACUCUAAAUGUCAAGAUCCUUGUUUAGGAUCCUGUGGAUUGUCUGCGUCAUGUCAUGUUCUUAAUCACAUUCCCAUUUGUUCUUGCCUGACGGGUUUCAUUGGUGAUCCGUUUACAAGCUGUAGACCGCAACCAUUACAAGUUGAAGCAACGGUGACUGAUGCCUGCACAAAUGUUCGAUGUGGAUCAAAUGCAGAGUGUAUAAAUGGCUAUUGUCAGUGUUCAAAAGACUAUCAUGGAGACCCUUACUUUAACUGCAGACCAGAGUGCGUAUUUAGCACUGAUUGCGAACAAAACAAGGCAUGUAGCCAAAAGAAAUGUAUUGACCCAUGUAUAAACGCAUGUGGCCAGAACGCAAAUUGUCAAGUCGUUAAUCAUAUUCCAAUGUGUAGUUGUAGCCCUGGAUAUACUGGAAAUGCAUUUAUUGCAUGUAAUCAAAUGAAAGUUCAACCAAUUGAAAAUCCUUGCAACACAGCCAUAUGCGGACCUAAUAGUCAAUGCAGAGUUGUAAACAACCAAGCUGUUUGUUCAUGUUUACCUACAUACUUGGGUGUACCACCAGCGUGUAGACCAGAAUGUAUAGGAAACGCUGAGUGUCCUUUGGAAAAGGCUUGUAUGAAUCAAAAAUGUAUCAACCCAUGUUUUGGAGCUUGUGGAGUUAAAGCAACAUGUGAAGUUGUUAACCAUAAUCCUGUCUGUGCUUGCCAGGAAAAAUACACAGGCGAUCCAUUCGUAGAGUGUCACCUUACUCUGAAUACACCUCAAGAGGUUAUUGCUCCAUGCCAACCCUCACCAUGUGGUCCAAAUGCAAUUUGCCAGGAAAACAAUGGCAUUCCUUCUUGUAGUUGUUUGCCAGAAUUUAAAGGAGAGCCACCAUAUUGCAGACCAGAAUGUAUAAGUAACAGUGAAUGUUCACCCCAUUUAGCUUGUAUGAAUCAAAAAUGUAAAGAUCCAUGCAUACAGGUUUGUGGAGAAAAUGCCGAAUGUCAUGUGGUAAGCCACUCCGCUAUGUGUGUCUGUCCACAAGGAUAUGCUGGAGAUCCAUUUACGAGAUGUUCUGUCCAUACUACUGUAGAAAUUUUAACACCAUGUUUCCCGUCACCAUGCGGACCAAACGCAGCAUGUAGAGAACAAAAUAAUAUAGGGUCCUGCACGUGCAAUGAGGGCUACUUUGGCGAUCCAUAUGAAGGAUGUCGUCCAGAAUGUGUUCGUGAUUCUGAUUGUGCUGAGAACCGGGCCUGUGUAGGCAAUAAAUGCCAAGAUCCUUGUCCUGGUUCUUGUGGAAUAAAUGCAGAAUGCUUAACAAUAAACCACUUACCUACAUGUAUCUGUGCAAAUGGUUACACGGGUGAUCCAAGGCGGCGAUGUAAUAUUAUACAACCUCUAUCUGUACAGACCACUAAUGUAUGUCAGCCUAGUCCUUGCGGUCCAUACAGUCAGUGUAAGAAUAGUAAUAAUCAGGCAAUAUGUAGUUGUUUGCCUAACUAUAUUGGCGAACCACCCGAAUGCCGACCAGAAUGUAUAUAUAAUUCUGAUUGUUCUGAAGAUAAAUCUUGUGUUAAUCAGAAAUGUAUUGACCCAUGCCCCAAGACAUGUGGCCUGAAAGCUGAAUGCCGUGUGAUUCACCAUAAUCCUAUUUGUAGUUGCCAAUCAGGUUUUACUGGUGAUCCAUUUACUAGAUGUUAUAAAAAAACAGUGCCAUUGCCACAGUUAGAUGAAAUCAAAGAUCCGUGCCUUCCUUCACCAUGUGGCGCGAAUGCAAAUUGUCAGGUCGUGCAUGGUCAGGCUUCAUGUUCUUGUACCACAGGAUACAUAGGUAGUCCGCCUAACUGCCGGCCAGAAUGUGUUUCUAAUGAAGAUUGUAUUAGUUCUCUUGCCUGUAUAAAUGAAAAAUGUAGAGAUCCCUGUCCCGGUUCCUGUGGUUCUAAUGCACAGUGUAUGGUCAUUAAACAUUUAUCUAUAUGUACAUGUUUAGAAGGAUAUAAAGGUGAUCCAUUUACAAGAUGCGAAUUGCAGCCUUUGCGAGAACCGGUCGAAGCCGAUUUAUGUAACCCAUCACCAUGUGGAUCCAAUGCAAUAUGUGACAAUGGAGAGUGUUCAUGUCUUCCUGAUUAUCAUGGUGACCCGUACAUCAGUUGUAGACCUGAAUGUACAACAAGUGCUGAUUGCCAAAGACAACAAAUAUGCCUCAAUAAAAAAUGUCACAAUCCUUGUCCGGAUACUUGUGGCCUUAACGCCAUUUGUGAAGUUAUCAACCAUAUUCCAAUGUGCAGUUGUCCGACAGGAUUUACGGGCAAUGCUUUUGUUUCUUGUAAUGCUAUUCAAGCCCUCACACCUUCGAACCCGUGCUAUCCAAGUCCCUGUGGACCAAACAGCCAGUGUCGUGAAAUAAACAAAGUUGCCGUUUGUUCGUGCAUACCAAGCUAUUUAGGAAACCCUCCAACAUGCAGACCAGAAUGUACAACUAGUGCUGAAUGCCCAUUGAACAAAGCUUGCAAUAAUCACAAAUGUAUUAAUCCUUGUGUAGGUUCAUGCGGACUCAACGCUUUGUGUGAUGUAAUUAAUCAUAAUCCAAUAUGUACGUGUCCAAAUGAUUUCAUUGGAGAUCCAUUCAGCAGAUGUGUUCCGAAACCACUCGAAACACGUCCACAAACUGAUCCUUGUACUCCUUCGCCUUGUGGACCAAAUUCGAUCUGUCAGAAAGGACAAGAAUCUCCUUCAUGUUCCUGUAUGCCGAAUUUCAUUGGAUCUCCACCAAAUUGUCGCCCUGAAUGUACAAGUAACAGCGAAUGUCCAAAUAAUAUGGCAUGCAUAAAUAAUAAAUGCAAUGAUCCAUGUUCGGGUGCUUGCGGUACAUCUGCUGAAUGUCGUGUUGUGAGCCAUACACCAAACUGUAUGUGUCCCCAAGGAUAUGUUGGUGAUCCAUUCGUUUCUUGUGAAAUUAACAGCGUUCAAGCCAUAGAACAACUAUCACCAUGUUCUCCUUCUCCGUGUGGCACUAACGCUAUUUGCAAGCAACGCAAUAAUGUUGGCUCUUGUAUUUGCUUGUCGGGCUACUUUGGAAAUCCUUACGAAGGUUGUCGACCAGAGUGUAUAGUUAACACGGAUUGCCCGUCCGAUAAAGUUUGUCAGCAAAAUAAAUGCCAAGAUCCAUGCCCUGGAACUUGUGGUAUAAAUGCACAAUGCCAUGCUGUCAACCAUGCUCCAAUAUGCACUUGUAACCUUGGUUACACAGGAGAUCCGUUUAAAAAUUGUAUUUACAAACAAGAAAUUGAAAUAACUACGGAUCCAUGCUCUCCUUCUCCUUGUGGUCCAAAUAGUAUUUGUAAAUACAAAAAUGAUCAAGUUAUAUGCAGUUGUAUUCCCGAAUACAAAGGUUCUCCUCCUAAUUGUAGACCAGAAUGUGUCGUCAGCGCUGAAUGUCCUUCUGAUAAAGCGUGUGUAAUGCAGAAAUGUACUGAUCCUUGUAUUGGUCAGUGUGGUCAAAACACUAAAUGUCGCAGUAUAAACCAUAGUCCGAUAUGUUCCUGCAAAGACCAAUAUACCGGUGAUCCAUUUAGCCGAUGUUACCCAAUUAUUUUUAAGGAUAUUGAAGAACCUUCAAAAAAUCCAUGCUUACCAUCGCCAUGUGGACCAUUUAGUCAGUGCUUAGAAAUAGGAAACAUACCUACAUGUACAUGUUUACCAGAUUUUAUAGGUGCCCCACCUAAUUGUAGACCAGAGUGUGUGAUAAAUUCUGACUGUUCCAGCAACUUAGCCUGUAUUAAUCAGAAAUGUAAAGAUCCAUGUCCUGGGUCAUGUGGUAUAAAUGCACAAUGUAUAGUAAAAAAUCACACUCCUAUUUGUAGUUGCCUUGUGAAUUUCGUUGGAGACUCGUUUACUGAAUGUAAACCACAAGUUGCAGACGUAAUAGAAGAAACGACAGAUCCUUGUAACCCCUCACCAUGUGGGCCAAACGCCAUCUGUGAUAAUGGUGAAUGUUCAUGUUUGCCCGACUACUACGGGGAUCCUUUCUUCGAAUGUCGUCCAGAAUGUACGCUUAGUUCUGAUUGUGAUAGAAAUAGAGCAUGUUAUAAAAAUAAAUGUGUGGAUCCUUGUAAGGCGCAAGUUUGUGCGGCGAAUGCUAUUUGUGAAGUCAUUAACCAUGUACCAAUGUGCAGAUGUCCCCAAAAUAUGAUUGGAAAUGCUUUCAUACAAUGCUCAAACAUUGAAAUUGUUAACCUUCAACCUUGCAGUCCUUCCCCUUGUGGUCCGAACAGCCAAUGUCGCGAUAUAAAUGGGCAAGCUAUUUGUUCUUGCUUGGUAGGUUUUAUUGGACUACCACCCUCCUGCAGACCUGAAUGUGCUGUAAGCUCUGAUUGUCCUCCUGAUGAAGCAUGUACAAAUAGCAAAUGCAUUAAACCAUGUCUAGGCGCUUGUGGUAUAGGCGCUAAGUGUCAAGUUAUCAAUCAUAAUCCCAUAUGCUCAUGCCCCACAUCGUAUACAGGAAAUCCCUUCAUAAGAUGUGUAUUACAAGCAUUCACACCUGAACGUCAAGAUCCAUGUAUUCCAUCACCAUGUGGUCCAAAUGCGAUUUGUAAGGUAGUUUCGGAAUCGCCAACUUGCACCUGUCAGCAAGGAUACUUUGGGAAACCCCCACAUUGUAAACCUGAAUGCAUAACUAACUCUGAGUGUUCCACACAUCUUGCGUGCAUAAAUGAGAAAUGUGUUGAUCCUUGUAUUGGAUCAUGUGGUUUAAAUGCAGUCUGCCAUGUUAUCAGCCACUCACCGUCAUGUUUCUGUUCACCUGAUUAUACCGGAGAUCCAUUCAGAGAAUGUCGGAAAACAGAAAUAAUACAAGAAAUUUUAACUCCUUGUCAGCCAUCGCCAUGCGGUGCGAAUGCUAUUUGUAAGGAACUCAAGGAUGCAGGUUCAUGUACUUGUUUGCCUGAGUAUUAUGGCAAUCCUUAUGAAGGUUGUAAGCCUGAAUGUAUUGUAAAUACAGACUGUCCAUCAAACAAAGCUUGUUUACAAAAUAAAUGUCAAGAUCCUUGUCCAGGCUCUUGUGCAACAAAUGCUAUUUGUCAAGUUGUGAAUCACGCACCAUCGUGUUCUUGUCCUCAAGGGCAUACAGGAGAUCCAUUCCGACAUUGUUGGAUACAAAGAGAACAAGACAUUACAGUAAAUGUUUGCAGUCCUUCACCAUGUGGUCCCAAUAGUAGAUGUCAAGAAGUAAAUAAACAGGCUGUGUGCUCAUGUUUACCAGACUUUAUAGGCGUUCCACCUGGCUGUCAUCCUGAAUGCGUUAUAAGCUCAGAAUGCUCAAAAAAUAAAGCUUGUAUUAAUAAAAAAUGUACUGAUCCUUGUAUUGACGCCUGUGGAGCGAAUGCGGAGUGCAGAGUAAUUAACCACAGUCCGAUUUGUUACUGUAAAUCUCUUUAUACAGGUGACCCGUUCUCUAAGUGCACUCCAUUACCACCUCCUGUAGCAAACGCUGUUUUAGAACCGUAUAAAAAUCCAUGUCUACCAUCUCCUUGUGGACCAAAUGCAAUCUGUCGAGAUGUUGCAAACAUACCUUCCUGUGCAUGUAUGGAUAAUUAUAUUGGUAACCCGCCAAAUUGUCGACCAGAGUGUACGCUUAACUCUGAAUGUCCAACAUCUCAAGCUUGUAUUCAACAAAAAUGUCGAGAUCCAUGUCAGGGGUCAUGUGGUAUAAAUGCAUUAUGUACAGUUUCUCGACAUACACCCAUCUGCACCUGCCCCGAAGGUUAUAUUGGUGACGCAUUUACUGCUUGUAAUCCGAAAUUGAACCCUGAAUACGAUACGACAGAUAACUGUAACCCAUCGCCCUGUGGGACAAACGCAGUAUGUACCGAUGGAAAGUGUUCUUGCGUCGAUAAUUAUCAAGGUGACCCAUAUGUAGGUUGCCGUCCUGAAUGUGUAUUGAGCACUGAUUGCAAUCGAAAUAUGGCAUGUGUAAAGAAUAAAUGUGUGAACCCUUGUUUAAAUACAUGUGCACCAACUGCUGUUUGUGAAGUCAUAAAUCACGUACCUAUGUGCAGUUGCUCUCAUGGUAUGACUGGUAAUGCCUUUUAUGGAUGCGAAAAAAUACCAGUUCCAGUCUUGACAAACCCCUGCCUUCCAUCUCCUUGUGGACCAAAUAGUCAGUGCCGAGAAAUUAAUGGACAAGCAGUUUGUUCGUGUGUUAUUGGUUACAUUGGUAGUCCUCCACUAUGUCGACCGGAGUGUGUAGUCAGUUCAGACUGCCCUCUUAAUAAAGCAUGCAGUAAUCAAAAAUGCAUUGAUCCAUGUAAAGGAUCUUGUGGAGCUGAAGCUAUAUGUCAAGUUGUUAAACACAAUCCCAUCUGCUCUUGCCCCCUAAAACACACUGGAGAUCCAUUUGUACGAUGCAUUCCCUAUAGGCCACAAUUAAUGGAUGUUUCACCGUGUGCACCAUCGCCCUGUGGUGCUAAUGCCAUUUGUAAAGAAAUUUCUGGAGCUCCAUCGUGUGCUUGCUUACCGGACUUUUUUGGCUCACCGCCUUAUUGUAAACCAGAAUGUAGCAGCAAUAGUGAAUGUCCAAGUGACAAAGCAUGUAUAAAUCAAAAAUGUGUGGAUCCUUGUACAGGUGCAUGUGGUUCCGAAGCAGAAUGCAAAACAAUCAGCCAUUCACCUAUGUGUUUCUGUAGAUUAGGAUAUGUUGGUGACCCCUUUACAAAUUGCUACAUCCAAAGAGAACAAAUUCAAGAACAGUCUUCACCAUGUAUGCCAUCACCUUGUGGAUCUAAUGCUGUUUGUAAGGAAUAUAAUUCAGCCGGUUCUUGUUCUUGCUUACCUAAUUAUAUUGGCAAUCCAUACGAGGGAUGUCGACCUGAAUGUACAAUUAAUUCAGAUUGCACACCGGAUAAAAGUUGCAUUCGUAAUAAAUGUCAAGACCCCUGUCCUGGUACGUGUGCACCUAAUGCAAUCUGCACUGUUGUAAACCAUCUUCCAUCGUGUAAUUGUCCUCCUGGAUAUACAGGUGACUCAUAUCAACAGUGCGACAUCAUAAAAGAAAAAGAAAUGGAACCGGUGACGCCAUGCGUGCCAAAUCCUUGUGGACCAAAUAGUAUUUGUCGUGCAGUAAACGAUCAAAGUGUAUGCUCUUGCAUGCCUCAGUAUACUGGAUCACCUCCAGGUUGCCGCCCUGAGUGUACUAUCAGUUCUGAAUGCCCUGUAGAUAAAGCAUGUAUAAAUCUAAAGUGUGCCAAUCCAUGCCCGGGUCAUUGUGGCUUUAACGCUGAGUGUAGAGUUAUAGCUCACAGUCCAAUAUGCUCCUGUAAAUCUCAGUACACUGGUGAUCCUUUCACACGAUGCUAUUUACAAAUACCCAUACAGGAUACUCCACAAACAGACCCAUGUGUUCCCAAUCCAUGUGGAGAAAAUUCAAUAUGUCGGAAUAAUAAUGGUAUGCCAGUAUGCAGUUGUAUGCCAGAUUUCCAAGGAGCACCACCGAAUUGUAGACCAGAAUGCGCUAUUAAUCAGGAUUGUCCAUCUAACAAAGCAUGCAUCAAUAUGAAAUGCAUUGAUCCCUGCCCUGGCAGUUGUGGAAUAAAUGCUCAAUGUACAGUAUUCAACCAUUUCCCAGCUUGUACAUGUCAACGAGGUUUAACUGGCGACCCAUUUAGCCGCUGCUAUGUCGUAGAACAAAUUAAAGAAGAACAAAAACCAGAUCCAUGCAACCCGAGUCCUUGUGGAUUUAAUACCCAAUGCUCCAACGGUAUUUGCACUUGCAUUGAUGAAUAUUUUGGCGAUCCUUACUCGGGAUGUAAACCUGAAUGUAUCACAAGUAUGGAAUGUUCAACAGAAAAAGUAUGUUCCAGAAACAAGUGCAUAAAUCCUUGUCCUGAAAUGUGUGCGCCUAGUGCUGAAUGCAACGUUUACAAUCACAUUCCUAUUUGUACAUGUCCGAUUGGAACCUCUGGUAAUGCAUUUGUCGAAUGCCAUAAAACCGAAGUUUCUGAAGUCAAACCGUGCAGUCCGAAUCCAUGUGGACCUAACAGUCAGUGCCGAGCCAUAAAUAAUCAAGCAAUAUGCUCUUGUUUGCCAACCUAUAUUGGAAGCCCACCUUCUUGUCGUCCAGAAUGCACAAUAAGUGCCGAGUGCCCUUCGAAUCAGGCCUGUAAUAAUUAUAAAUGCAUAAAUCCUUGCAUCGGUAGUUGCGGUUAUGAAGCUCGAUGUGAAGUUAUAAAUCAUAACCCCAUAUGUUCAUGUUCACCGCAACAAACAGGGGACCCAUUUUCACACUGUGCACCUAUCGUUUCGGCACCUUUACCACCUGUAGAUCCUUGUACACCUUCACCUUGCGGCCCACAUUCAAUUUGCAAAGUUAUAGGCGAGGCCCCUUCAUGUACAUGUAUGCCAGAUUAUAUUGGAGCGCCACCAAAUUGUCAUCCUGAAUGCAUAAGUAACUCAGAAUGUUCUACGAACCUUGUUUGUUUAAAUCAAAAAUGCAAGGACCCUUGCCCAGGCAGCUGUGGUUACAAUGCUGAUUGCGUGGUAAUAAGUCACGGCUUAAUGUGCACUUGUCCUUAUGGACAAACAGGAGAUCCAUUUGUUUCCUGUAAUCCUAUUAGAGAUUCUAUAAUAGAGUACAAUUCGCCUUGUGAACCAUCACCGUGUGGACUGAAUGCUGAGUGCAAUGAAAGAAACGGUGCAGGUUCUUGCAAAUGUUUAGACUCGUAUAUCGGCAAUCCCUAUGAAGGUUGCCGUCCUGAAUGUGUAUUGAACAGCGAUUGCAAUCCAACAUUAGCUUGUAUUCAAAAUAAAUGCAGAGAUCCUUGUCCUGGCACCUGUGCACCGAAUGGUAUUUGUCAAGUUGUGAACCACAUACCUUCAUGUUAUUGUCCAGUUGGAUUUUCUGGAGAUCCGUACACGUACUGUAAGGAAAAAAUCGAAGAUAUCAAAGUGACACCGUGUACACCAUCACCAUGUGGACCUAAUAGUCUAUGUAGAGAAAUGAAUUCACAAGCAAUAUGUACUUGCUUAGAAAACUACGUUGGUGCUCCUCCAACCUGUCGCCCAGAAUGUACAAUUAAUAGCGAAUGUCCAAGUGAUAAAGCUUGUAUUAAUCGUAAGUGUGUUGACCCUUGCCAAGGGCAAUGUGGCAGGAACUCUAAUUGUAGAGUUAUAAGUCAUAACCCUAUAUGUUCAUGCCAGGAACAAUAUACUGGAGAUCCUUUCUCAUUUUGUAUGCCAGUUCCUUUAUCGGUUCCACCACUUGAAGCCCAAAGAAAUCCAUGCAUACCAUCUCCAUGUGGACCGAAUGCACAGUGUCAAGAAUAUAAUGGCGUUCGUUGUACUUGUCUUGAAAAUUAUAUUGGAACUCCACCUAGGUGUCGACCGGAAUGUACAUUAAGUUCCGAAUGUAAGGCAGAUAAUGCUUGUAUAAAUAAUAAAUGUAGAGAUCCAUGUCCUGGAGCCUGUGGACUUAAUGCCGAAUGUAAUGUCAAUAAUCACUUGCCCAUCUGUGCGUGUAUUCCCGGAUAUACAGGCGAUCCUUUCACCCGAUGCGAUUUCAAAUUAGAAGAAUCAGUUUCAAGUGAUCCUUGUUCUUCAUCUCCCUGUGGAGCAAAUGCGAUAUGCAAUAAUGGAGAGUGCUACUGUCUUCCUGAAUAUUAUGGUGAUCCCUAUGUUGGAUGCAAGCCCGAAUGUAUUCUGAAUUCUGAUUGUCCUCGCAAUAAGGCUUGCAUAAACAACAGAUGUAAGGAUCCUUGUGCAAAUACUUGUGGAAUGAACGCAACUUGUGAUGUAAUCAAUCAUAUACCGGCGUGCUCUUGUCAACGUGGCACCAGCGGUGAUCCUUUCAAUUAUUGUUCCAUAAUAAGAGAAGAUUCUACGCCGAUUAAUAUGUGCAAUCCAUCACCAUGUGGCCCAUACAGUCAAUGUAGAGAUAUAAACGGCCAUGCUGUAUGUGUAUGUGUGCCAGGCUAUAUAGGUUCACCACCGAACUGCCGACCGGAAUGUGUACUCAGCUCCGAUUGUGCAUUAAACCAAGCUUGCUCUAACCAGAAAUGCAUCGACCCAUGUCCCGGCGCCUGUGGCCAACACACAAAUUGUAUGGUCAUUAAUCAUAAUCCAGUGUGUACUUGUUUGCAUGGAUAUUCAGGAGAUCCAUUCUCUGCUUGUCAGCUAAUUCAAUCUUCACCUCCCAUUCGUGUAAACCCAUGUCUGCCAUCACCAUGUGGGCCUAAUUCACAAUGUGUCGAACUUGGAGAUGAAGCUGAUUGUAAAUGUUUGCCUGAGUUUAUUGGUGCACCUCCCGCAUGUCGCCCUGAAUGUACAAGCAAUACUGAUUGCUCUUCCAACAUGGCGUGUAUUAAUAGGAAAUGUCGCAACCCAUGCUCGGGUGCUUGUGGCAUAAACGCAGAUUGUAGAGUAGUCAGCCACACGCCCAUAUGCUUGUGUCAAAAUGGUUAUGUUGGCGACCCCUUCCUUCAAUGCACUUUACAAUCAGAACCAACUGUUAUUGAACGACCGACGCCGUGUGUGCCUUCUCCGUGUGGCAGCAAUACUGAAUGUAAAGAACAAGAUAACGUUGGAUCUUGCGUUUGUCUUCCGGGUUAUUUCGGUGAUCCAUAUGUUUCCUGUAAACCUGAAUGUUUCAUUAAUUCUGACUGCCCGUCAAAUCAGGCCUGCCAGAAAAAUAAGUGUAUCGACCCAUGUCCGGGAACUUGUGGAAUAAAUGCUCAAUGCUAUGUAACAAACCACAUACCCAGCUGUGUCUGCCCCGAACAACAUUUUGGAGAUCCAUAUAAAAUAUGUUCAUAUAAAUCCCAUACUGAAGUAGUGGAUCCAUGUAACCCAUCACCUUGUGGACCGAAUAGUUUAUGCAAUGCUCGAGAUAAUGUUGCUGUUUGUUCAUGUCAGCCGGGCUAUCAAAGUUCACCGCCUACAUGUAGACCUGAAUGUUUAACUAAUUCUGAAUGUCCACUUGAUAAAGUGUGCGAAAACCAAAAAUGUACAUCACCGUGUCCUCGUGGUUGUGGAAUUAAUACAGAUUGUCGAGUUAUCAAUCACAAUCCAAUAUGUUCAUGUAAAAAUGGAUACACGGGUGAUCCUUUCUCAGUUUGUAUUGUACUUGAAACUGAACCAGUUUUAAGUGCACCGACAGAUCCUUGUCUUCCUUCUCCAUGUGGAUUAAAUUCUGAAUGCCGCGAUGUGGGAGGUAUACCGUCCUGUUCUUGUAAGACCGGAUUCCUCGGAAGUCCACCAAAUUGUAGACCAGAGUGUAUAAUUAACACAGAUUGCAGUAGCGAUAGAGCAUGUAUGAAUAUGAAGUGUCAAGAUCCUUGUCAGGGCUCAUGUGGCUUCCACGCAAUCUGUAAUGUUGUUAAUCACGUACCAGUUUGUUUAUGCCCGCAAGGUUACAUAGGAGAUCCCUUUACAGCGUGCACAAUUAAAAUUGAAGAAAAACCACAAAAACAAGACCCCUGCAAUCCUUCACCAUGUGGUCCAAACGCCGUUUGCAACAACGGGAUGUGCACAUGUCUCUCGGAAUAUACAGGAGAUCCGUAUUUCGGAUGUCGACCAGAGUGCGUGCUUAGUACCGACUGUCCCAUCGAUAAAACGUGUUUACGUUCUAAAUGCGUGAAUCCAUGUAUUAAUAUGUGCGGACUGGGCGCUGAAUGUAAUGUUUACAAUCACGUUGCAAUAUGUAGUUGCCCUACUGGUAUGACUGGUGAUGCCUUUACACAGUGCUUGAAAAUUGACAAACCGACGAGUAGACCGUGUGACGCUUCUCCUUGUGGCCCAAACAGUAUUUGCAGAGAUGCAAAUGGACAAGCAAUAUGUGCAUGUAUACAAGGAUAUGUGGGAAAUCCACCUAAUUGUAGACCAGAAUGUAUACAAAGCACGGAUUGUCCACUAUCUUUAGCAUGUAUAAAUAUGAAGUGUCAAGAUCCAUGUCCAGGAUCAUGUGCCCCUAAUGCUGAUUGUAAAGUUAUCAACCACAACCCUGUAUGUUCUUGCCCCCCAAGAUAUACAGGAUCUCCGUUUACGCAUUGUUUUGUUCAAAAAUUAGAGGAACCAGUUAAAAAUCCAUGCGUUCCGUCACCAUGUGGACCAAAUAGUGCUUGCUCAGUGACAAAUACUGGUGACGGCCAUAUUUGUUCCUGUCAACCCACUUUCGAAGGAACACCGCCUAACUGCCGUCGUGAAUGUACAUCAAGUGAUGAAUGCUCACCUGAUAAAGCCUGCAUAAAUUAUAAAUGUAAAGACCCGUGCGUGGGUUCUUGUGGAACAAAUACAAAGUGCACAGUGCGGCUUCACACAGCGAUGUGCACAUGUGAAGAUGGUUAUAAUGGCGAUCCUUUCUUAUCUUGCUACCUAGUACCACAGCUAUUGGAGGUCAUAGAUCCUUGUAACCCAUCACCUUGUGGAGCAAAUAGCUAUUGUAAAUUAUCAACAUCAGGUAUUGCCGCUUGUAGUUGCCAUGAAGGAUAUUUCGGAAAUCCAUAUGAAGGAUGUCGUCCUGAAUGUGUAGUUAACAGUGAUUGUCCUUUCAAUAAAGCAUGUCUAAAAAAUAAAUGUCAAGAUCCCUGUCCUGGCGUAUGUGGUUCAACGGCAAUUUGUCAAGUUGUAAAUCACUUACCAUCAUGCUCCUGUUCUCCUGGUUACACAGGAAAUCCAUAUUCCUAUUGCCACAUUAUAAUUAAGGAAGAAGAAACUACGUCACGCGAUCCAUGCGUGCCAAAUCCUUGUGGAAGCAACACAGUAUGCAAAAGUAAUAAUGGCCUAGCGUCUUGUUCCUGCUCACCAGAAUAUUUUGGUGUACCUCCUAACUGUCGACCAGAAUGUACAGUUAGCUCUGAAUGCCCAUCGACAAAAAGUUGCGUUCAGCAAAAAUGUGUAGACCCAUGUAUAAAUGUAUGUGGUCAAAAUGCCGAGUGUAGAGUGGUUAACCAUGCACCCAUUUGCUCGUGUCGACAAGGAUAUGAAGGAGAUCCAUUCAUAAGAUGCGCGCUUCUCCCAAAAAUACCAUCAGUGGAUUCCAACCCAUGUGUGCCAUCGCCUUGCGGACCGAACUCAUUGUGUCAAACCAUGAACAAAGCACCCGUGUGUUCCUGUAUGUCAAAUUAUAUAGGAACCCCACCGAACUGCAGACCUGAGUGUACUAUUAAUUCAGAUUGUCCAAGCCACAAGGCUUGUAUCAACCAAAAAUGUAAAGAUCCAUGUGUUGGAUCGUGUGGACUACAGACCGUAUGCCACGUGCAUCAACAUGCAGCAAUUUGCAGUUGUUCAGAAGGAUAUACAGGAAAUCCAUUUGAAAGUUGUUUUAUUCAAGAAGCUAUUGAGCCAAUACCAGACAAAUAUGAUAACUGCAAUCCUAAUCCAUGUGGAGCUAAUGCCCAAUGCAAUGACGGCAGAUGUUCUUGUUUACCUAAUUACUUCGGAAAUCCUUACAUGAGUUGUCGCCCUGAAUGUACACAUAAUUCGGACUGUGCAUCUUCUUUAGUGUGUGUUAACACUAAGUGUGUUAAUCCAUGUACCAAUCUUUGUGGAAGAGGCGCAACCUGUGAAGUUUACAACCACAUUCCAAUGUGUUCUUGCCCGCGCAAUACAUCAGGCAAUGCUUUUGUAUAUUGUGCUCCUCUUGCAGUUGUCGAAGAAAAUGUUGACCCAUGCAUUCCUUCACCAUGUGGACCAAACAGUGUAUGUAGAAAUAUACAAAACCAGGCGGUAUGUUCUUGUCUACUGGGAUAUAUCGGAGCUCCACCAUCGUGCCGUCCCGAAUGUGUGAUCGAUUCAGACUGUUCAGCAUUAUUAUCUUGUUCCAACCAGAAGUGCAUGAAUCCAUGUCUCGGUUCUUGUGGUAUCAACGCUGAAUGUAAAAUACACAAUCACAAACCGAUAUGUUACUGCCGCAAUGGAUUGACUGGAGAUCCCUUUAUUCAAUGUUUACAAGUUCAAAAUGAACCCCUUAUAGAGAGGAGUCCAUGUGAACCUUCUCCAUGCGGUCCGAACUCAUUAUGCAAAGACACAAAUGGAAAGACACAGUGUACUUGUUUGAAUGGAUAUAUAGGACAACCACCGUAUUGCCGUCCAGAGUGUGUCACAAAUAGCGAGUGUAAUUUUGAUAAGUCUUGCAUAAAUAAUAAAUGUGUGGAUCCUUGUGUGGGCGCUUGCGCUCGCAAUGCUGAAUGCCGUGUAGUAAGUCAUUCGCCUCAAUGCUCAUGUCAACAGGGAUACCGAGGGGAUCCUUUCAACGAAUGCGUGAUUAUAACAGGUGAAGUUCAAAACCCUAUUGAAAAAACGAAACCUUGUACACCAAAUCCAUGUGGUCCAAAUGCUGUUUGCCAAGAACGUGACAACUCUGCAAGUUGCGUGUGCAUAAGUGAUUUCUAUGGAAAUCCAUAUGAUGGAUGCAGACCAGAGUGUCUGCUUAAUUCAGACUGUCCUCAAAGUCUUGGAUGCAUAAAUAAUAAAUGCCGCGAUCCAUGCCUUGGCUUCUGUGGUAUCAACGCAAUCUGCCAAACUGUAGAUCAUUCACCGAAAUGUUCCUGCAUAUUCGGAUACAUUGGAAAUCCCUAUGACAAUUGUAUCCUUAAACAAGAAGAACCAUCUGAUCCCUGUACACCAUCCCCAUGCGGUCCUCAUAGUACUUGUUUGGCUCGAAAUAAUCAAGCAAUAUGUUCAUGUUUACCGGAUUACACGGGAUAUCCACCAAACUGUAGACCGGAAUGUGUAAUGAGUUCAGAAUGUGCACUGAAUAAAGCAUGCAUUAAACAAAAAUGUGUCAAUCCAUGUGUGGACACCUGUGGAGAAAAUGCUCAAUGUCAAAUUCAUCGCCAUAGCCCAUAUUGCACUUGUUUGCCUGGUUAUGAAGGAGACCCAUUUGUACGCUGUGUUAAGGAAAGACCUCAAAUCGAUACUGUUGGUAAUCCUUGUAGUCCCAGUCCCUGUGGACCAAAUGCUUUCUGUAGGAAUUCUGGCGGUUCUGCAAAUUGUAAUUGCAAAGAGGGAUACAUCGGUACUCCGCCUCAAUGUGCACCGGAAUGUACAAUUAAUGCAGAUUGUCCUAGUAAUCGGGCAUGUGUUCGUGAAAAAUGUAUUGACCCUUGCUUAGGAUCGUGUGGAAGUAAUACACAAUGUAGAGCGAUCAACCAUCUCGCAAUUUGUACGUGUAUUGAAGGAUACCGUGGAGAUCCAUUUGUCGGGUGUUAUGCAAUAAUCAAAGAAACCACCCCGUCUUUGACAUCAGAUCCUUGUGCAACAUUCCCAUGCGGAAUUAACGCUAUUUGCUCAAACGGCACAUGUUCUUGUAUUCAAGGCUAUCACGGCAACGCUUAUAUAGAAUGUAGACCAGAGUGUACCAGUGAUAAUGAAUGCCUAAAAAAUCAAGCAUGCAUUAAUUACAAGUGCGUCGACCCAUGCAUAAACGCUUGUGGAGCUGAUGCCGUUUGUAACGUAUAUAAUCAUAUUGCAAUUUGUGAAUGUCCUGCGCCACUUCAAGGCGAUCCAUUUAUUGCAUGCCGUCGCGUUAUAGCUCCGGUGGUAAGCGAUCCAUGCAUGCCAAAUCCAUGUGGCCCAGAUAGUAUAUGCCGUGCCGAUGGUACAGUUGCGCAUUGCUCUUGCCGACCACCAACCUUUGAUGAGCCGCCUACCUGCCGGCCUGAAUGCCGACACAACUCCGAUUGUACCGCUAACCUCGCCUGUCGCAACAACAAGUGCCAGGAUCCAUGUCCCGGUAGUUGUGGCACGCAUGCAAUUUGCCAUACAAUGGCGCACUCUCCAAUUUGCAGUUGUCCCAUACACUACACAGGCGAUCCAUUUAUUCGCUGUUUACCAGCAGUCCAGUCCGAACCGAAAAUACCAUCAGCUUGUAGUGAAUGCGGCCCUAAUGCUGACUGUGUUGGUGGAUCGUGCCGCUGCCGAGACAACUAUUUAGGCAAUCCACCAUUCUGCCGUCCCGAGUGUAUUAGCUCCUCGGACUGCGAGUGGCGGUUCACUUGUGUCAACAAGCGAUGCAUCGAUCCUUGCCCUGGCGCUUGCGGCCUGAACGCCCUCUGUACUCCAGCUGCACACGAACCACGUUGCCAGUGCCCUCCAAACACCCUUGGAAACCCACUUAUAGAGUGUCGACUCGUCGAGAAUAUUCAAAAACUACCGAACGACCCCUGCAAUCCUUCUCCAUGUGGUCCUGGUGCGAUAUGUCGCGCUCGAGGUAGUGGUGCUUCCUGUGAAUGUGAACCUGGAUUAAGAGGUGAUCCAUACACUGGCUGUCGGCCGGAAUGUCUCGCCGACUCGGACUGCUCUCCUACGCGCGCUUGCAUCCGCUCUAAGUGCCGCGACCCAUGUGACGGCACUUGCGGUGUGGGAGCCGACUGUGAAACGGUCAACCAUGUGCCGCUGUGCUCGUGCCCACCAGGAACAAGAGGAAAUGCGUUUGAGAAAUGUGAUACAGUGAUAACAGCGCCGCCAUGUACACCAUCGCCGUGUGGACCCGGAGCAAUUUGUUCAGUUGUGAACAACAACGCUAUUUGUUCUUGUCCAAGUGGCACUAGUGGAGACGCCUCAUCGUCUGGUUGUCGACCCGAGUGUGUCGUCAGCUCUGAAUGUCCACGAGAUCGCGCUUGUGUCCGGAAUAAAUGCAUUGACCCAUGUCUAGGAAUUUGUGGCAAUGGAGCUAUGUGUCGUGUCUUCGAUCAUGCACCUAUUUGCUCUUGCCCGCCAUCCACCACAGGCGAUCCGUUCAAUAAUUGUGUUGCAAGAGAGGCACCCACAACAUCGCCAACCGUUUAUGAUCCUUGUGACCCGAAUCCGUGUGGCCCGCAUGGAACCUGUCGAGAUGGCUUCUGUUCAUACCCAGAGUGUAUAGUCAACGACGACUGCUCUGGUGAUCGUUCAUGUAUAAAUCGAAAAUGUUCCGACCCAUGCAUAGAUUCUUGUGGUGAAAAUGCUAUAUGUACGGGUGUGAGACAUUCAGCUAUAUGUUCAUGCCCUAUCGGCUACACAGGUUAUGCGCUUGUUCGAUGUGAACGUAUUAAAAUAUCUACUCCACCACCUCCAACUCCAGAGUGCACAAGAGAUGAGCAAUGUGCCGACAACGCAGCUUGCGUUGACACUAAAUGCCUUCCAGUUUGCGCUCAGAACAGCUGUGGCUUGAAUGCACGAUGUAUCGCCAAACAACAUAGAGCACUUUGCGCUUGUCUACCUGGAUACGAAGGAGACGCUUACGCUGGAUGCUAUUCCGUUCAAUGUCAUAGUAAUAACGACUGUCCUUACGACGAGAGCUGCGAAAGCGGUUCAUGUGUAAAAGUGUGCUCUCGCAUCCGUUGCGGCACUGACGCUCAGUGUGUAGCCCGCGGGCACGUCGCAAACUGCGAAUGUAACUCUGGCUCGCGGGGUGAUCCCUGGGUCGAGUGCCGUCAGGAAGAGUGCGCUGUCGACGACGACUGCCCGGCGUGGUUGGCGUGUCGUAGCAACGCCUGUCAAGAUCCUUGCCCUGGCAGCUGUGCGCCGGGAGCCCAGUGCUCGGUUAUACGACAUACGGCUGUGUGCGAAUGUCCACGUGGCACAACAGGCAACCCCAAAAUACAAUGCCAGCCCGUCCUCGAAGAAGUAGAAUGUUCAAGCGAUGCCGAAUGUGGUCCCAACUUGGCAUGUUUGCAAGGAAAUUGUAAAAACCCAUGCGACUCUACAUCUUGUGGUACACGUGCCGUGUGUCGCGUUGCGAACACUCUGCCGUUCCGAACCUUAGUGUGCGAAUGUCCCAAACCCUUGACUGGCGAUGCUUCCUUGCAAUGCAAUCCAAGGGGUGAAUGCAGCGAAGAUUCGCACUGUAGUGAGGAAGAACGUUGCUUAAACGGACAAUGUACGGCGGCUUGCGACGCGCAGCUGUGCGGCGCGGGCGCGGAGUGUCGUGCGGUCGCACACCGUGCGUCAUGCUCCUGUAUCCCACCUUUGCAGGGAGAUCCUAAUGUGGCCUGCACACCGACUGCCGUAGGUAGCGUGUGUCUAUCGGACGUGGAAUGCGGUGCGGCGGAAGCAUGCGUGUCGCGGCGCUGCGUGUCCGCGUGCGCCAACGCAUGCGGCAGCGGUGCGCUCUGCGAGGCGUCCGCGCACCGCGCGCUCUGCCGCUGCCCGCCCGGCACCGCUGGCGACCCAGCUAGAUCGUGUUAUACACCUGAAUGUACUGCAGAUGAAAACUGUCCAUUUGAUAAGUCCUGCGUCAACGGCUACUGCCAAGAUCCUUGCGUCCUUGGAACAACAUGUGGCCGAAACGCCGUAUGUGACGUCAUCGCCCACGUAGCGACAUGCCGCUGUCCAGCAGGAACUCAGGGUGACCCUCGACGCGCCUGUAUCGCAGCCGCUUGUCAGUACAAUGAGGACUGCGAUGACACUAAAGCCUGCAACCGACUCAAUCGUGUCUGUCAACCCGUCUGCUCAGAGAAUGCAUGCGCUUCUGGGGCUAUAUGUACACCAAUGGGCCACAGAGCCAUAUGUAGCUGCCCACCCGAUCGAUCUGGAGAUCCAUACCUCCGCGGAUGCGUUACAGUACAAAAUGUAGAAGAAUGUUCCGUGGACGCUGACUGCGCGUCGCCUUUCGCUUGUGUGAACUCACAUUGUGCUGAUCUCUGCCAGGACAACCCGUGUGAAACUGGUCUUCUGUGUAGAACUAUAGAUAUACUACCAUUGAGAGCGAUAGCGUGCGUCUGUUCAGACGGUGGUCGUGCGGCGCCUGAUGCCGGCUGUCGCGCCCCGCCGCAAGCGGAAUGCGCAUCUGACUCAGAAUGUACCAAUAGCCAAAUUUGCCGCCGUGGAAGUUGCGUCGAUGCCUGCAGAUCUACAGCUUGCGGACAGAACGCUCUGUGUGAAUCAGUAGACCAUGUAGCAAGAUGCACAUGCCCCGCUGGAUAUACUGGCAAUCCAAGGAUUGAAUGUAAUACAGAACCACGACAGCCGACCAUCUACGAGUGCUACAGCGACGAAGAGUGUGGUGAGGACCGAGCAUGCAUGGAACGCACUUGCGUGAACCCGUGCGCCGGCGCGUGCGGGCCGGCCGCGCUUUGCCGCGUUGUACUGGCGCGACCGCAAUGCUCCUGCCCUAAGGGCUACACUGGUGACGCGAAAAUACGCUGUGUGCCACCGUCACAAGAUUCAAUAAUACCAGUGGGCUGUAAAGCAAAUUCAGACUGUCCUCUAUCACAAGCCUGCAUUAAUGGAGCUUGUGCAAACCCAUGUAACUGUGGAACAAAUGCGGAAUGCAAUGUAGUGCGACAUCAUCCAGUUUGCUAUUGCCAACGCGGUUUCUCCGGUAAUCCAUACACAGAUUGCUUUAAAGUGGGCUGUUCGUCAGAUGGAGAGUGUCCAGAUAGCGAUAUGUGUUACAACGGAGCUUGCGUUAGUCCAUGCUUAAUCGAAACUCCAUGUGCUAUUAGUGCUGAAUGUUAUGGAAAAUCACAUAGAUCAAACUGUAGAUGUCCUCCCGGAACAAAAGGAAAUCCAUUUUCAAAAUGCCAAGCUUCAGAAUGCGAAGUAAACUCGGAUUGUAAUGAUGACAGUGUUUGUAUAAAUGGUGUUUGUCAAAAUGCAUGCUCACUCGCCGGACGAAACCCUUGUGCAACGAAUGCUGAAUGUUUUGCUAAAAAUCAUGCUGCUUCAUGUAAAUGCCCUGCAACUUUACCUUUGGGAGAUCCUCUUGUACAAUGCGAAAGAGUUCAAGUGGUUGGUCAACCCGAAUGUCGUAUGGAUGCGGAUUGUCCUAGUGGCCAAGCCUGUCUUAAGGACGAAUGUCGUGACGCCUGCAAUGAACUGACUCCAUGCAAAGGAAACUCCCGAUGCUCAGUAUCAGACAGUAUUCCAUUCCGCACACUAAUAUGUAAAUGUCCUGAAGGAUAUGUUCCUAAUGAAAGCGGAACCUGUGACGCAGUCCAAUUACCACCUUUAAGCUGUUCUUCAGAUAGUGAAUGUAGCGAUCAAGAAUCUUGCGUUAACAGAAUCUGCAGAAACCCCUGUAAUUGCGGUGAUAACGCUGAAUGCUUCAUACGAAACCAUAGACCCGUUUGCUCUUGUAGAGAAGGUUAUGACGGUAAUCCUUACAGCGCCUGUCGUAUUGUUGGAUGCCGCACAAACUCAGAAUGUCAAACAGAUGAAGCCUGUGUUAAUGGUAAUUGUGUCAGUCCUUGCUUAUUAAACAACACCUGUGGAUUUAACGCUGAGUGCUACGUGGAAAGAAACCAUCCACUCUGUAGAUGUCGCGUUGGCUUUGAAGGGGACGCGUAUUCAAAUUGUAUUCCUAUUGAAUGUCGCUCGAAUGGCGAUUGUCCACGAGACAAACUUUGCAGAGGACACAAAUGUGUUAACCCCUGUUUGUCUGACAACAACUGUGGUCGAAAUGCUAUUUGUUUAGUGCGCAAUCACAUACCAGUCUGUAAAUGUGAACAUGGUUUUAGUGGUAGUCCGUACGUUGAAUGUAGACCUGAUAUUACGGGAGAAUGCCUUGUCGAUGCAGAUUGUCCAUCUAAACUAGCGUGUUUGUCUGCCAAAUGCGUUAAUCCUUGUACCGAGUUGCGUCCAUGUGCUACACCAGCUCAUUGUGAAGUAUUAGCGACUCUACCCGUACGCACUAUGCUAUGCUCUUGUCCGCCCGGAUAUAUAAGUGGUGGAGGCGGCGUAUGCCGACCUGCAACUACAAUAUCCGAUGUCGCUUGUGAAGCUGAUAAUGACUGUACGUCAAACCACGCUUGUAUAACAUCCGUCUGUAAAAACCCUUGUGAUUGCGGCCCCAACACAGAUUGCCAGAUACGAGACCAUAAACCUGUUUGCGCUUGCCGACCUGGCUUCCUUGGUGAUCCACAUACAGGCUGUUUCUCCGUUACUUGUCGUGCAGACAGUCAAUGCGCCGAUGAUGAAACUUGUAUAAACAACCGUUGCGUGCCAGCUUGUGCAGCGGAACCAAAUCUAUGUGGAGAAUUAGCAGAAUGUUAUGGAGAAGAACAUCGUGCACUUUGUCGAUGCCAAUUCGGAACAUUUGGCAAUCCAAAUAUUGCUUGCUCACCGAUCGCUUGCCGCGCAAAUACUGAGUGUCCACCUGAGAAAUCCUGUAUCAACAACAAGUGCGUGGAACCUUGCACUAUUACUUCAUGCAAAGAACCGGCCGAAUGUCGUGUGCACUUGCACGAAGUCUACUGUGUAUGCCCUCCCGGCUACCAAAGCACUUCAGGUGGCUGCAACAAAACUGAAGAACGGUGCUCCUCUGAUAUUGAAUGCCCUCCUGGAACCGCUUGUUUGGAUGGAAAGUGUGUCAAUCCUUGUUUAGAAAUAGAACCGUGUGGAAUCAACGCUAAAUGUGAAGUAGCGGAUACAAAUCCAGUAAGAACUAUGAUAUGUGAAUGCGAACAAGGAUACAAAGGAAAUGCUCUAUUGGAAUGCACACCAUACAAACCACCUGUGACAAAAUGCGUCGAUGGUCAAGGUGUAAAUGAAAACGGCGAAUGCGAGCCCUGUACCAAUUUAGAGGGUAAAAUUGUAGACGCACGCGGCAGAUGCGUGUGCGACUCGGAACGUGGCUUUACCGCAAGGGGCGAAGAAUGUGUUCCAAUCGGAUGCCGGUCAGACGAUCAUUGUAAUGAUGACGCUAGAUGUAUUAAUGGUAAAUGUGUGCAAGCUUGUGAAGCAGAACCUUGUGGCUUAUAUGCUACUUGUGAAGGAGUUGGACACCGAUCACGCUGUACAUGUAUAACCGGAUAUGUCGGCAAUGCGAAAGUCCAAUGUAAUGCCACAACUACUCCAAACAUAACUUAUAGAACAGACUUCCCAUUACCGGAUAUGCAGGUCCAUUGCUUAGCCGACGGUGUGCGAGUCAGCCUCAAAAUUAAAGACUUCAAUGGCGUGCUUUAUGUGAAAGGAUAUAGUAAAGACGAACGGUGUCGUCUUGUAGUACAUACAACUGAAAGUCAAGAGAGCCCAAUUGAUUUCACAGUUCAUUUCGGGGACUGUGGAUUGGUUCAUGUUAAUGGCCUAGCAAGCUUCGUGCUCGUCAUGCAGAAACAUCCUAAACUGGUAACGUCGAACGCUAAAGCGUUCCACAUCAAGUGCAUAUACCAAACGGGCGAACAGAACGUCACGCUCGCGUUCAAUGUGUCGAUGUUAACUACAACGGGCACCAUCGCGAACACCGGCCCGCCCCCCACGUGCUCCAUGAGAAUCGUUUCGCGAACCGGCGACGAGGUCAGCUCGGCUGAGAUAGGCGAAAAUCUCGUGCUUCAAGUGGAUGUGCAACCAUCGAACAUAUACGGAGGCUUUGCGCGAAGCUGCAUAGCAAAGACAAGCGAAGUGUCGACGAACAUAGAGAACGAGUACACGGUGACUGACGCAGACGGUUGCGCGACCGACGCCGCCAUCUUCGGCGAGUGGGAACGGAGCGAGGACGGCAGCGCGCUGCGCGCCGCCUUCAACGCGUUCAAGUUCCCCAGCAGCGACAAUAUACGAUUCCAGUGCAACAUACGUGUUUGCUUUGGAAAAUGUCAACCGGUUAAUUGCCGCGGCUACGACGCUUUCGGCAAACGCAGAAAGCGAGAAGUUAUCGAAGACGACUCCCUAUCGGGUCGUCUCCGCGAGGAGGUGACGGUAGAAUCUAAUCAAAUAUUAACUCUGGAACGGCGCGACCCGUCACGCGCGGCGCGGCAACGCGACGCGGGCGCGGAGCAGGGCGGCAACGCCGCUGCGGAGGUGUGCGUGUCGGCAGCCGGGCUCGCCGUGGCGCUCGCGCUCACCGCACUGCUGGCGCUCGUGGCCGUGGCGGCCGCCGUGGCGUGCUGGCUCGUGGCGUGGCGCCGCGCGCGGCCCCCUCCCGCGCCGCUUCCGCACCCGCCCGACUUCCCCAACCCGCUGUUCCAGCGCUAACGCCCUAUAGCUGGCCCGAGUCGUGAACGCGAAAAACUAUGAUCAUUUUAAGAUAUUAAACUAAAAGUCGAAGUUCACUGCCAGCCUGUCGCGGCUCGAAAGCUCGCGACUCGUGGCCACAGCCGUAGCUAGUCGAGGCCCCGCUCCUCCGCCGGCGCCGGGCGGUGUCGGCUCUUCCUCUAUCUCACUCGGUUUCAGCGCGCCGCCGGAGGACCGCCGGGCAGGGCGCGGCCAGCGCUUCCCUCGCACGCGCUCGCCGCGCCCUACUUUAUUAACUUUUAUAUUUUAUUUACUGUUUUAUUUCUAUUAACGUCGCCUUCUUUGAACGUUGUGAUAUUCAUUAUAUAAAUAUUCGAAAUCACCAUGAUUUUGUGUAAAAUAAUUAUCGAAUGUAGCUUGUAAGCAAUUAAUUAAUAAAAUAAUAAUAAUAAA